CUAUCUUCAGUUUGAGAUUCUCUAUCAGUCCUCCAGAAAACAUUUUCAUGUUUUGUUCUUUGUGUUGGUGUUGAGCCAAGACUUCAGUAGUAAACCUUGGAGUCUGUGGGUGGGUACAGUAAGAGUGGGCUGCACUGCGGAAAGAAAAAGCUUUGUUUGAAACACGGCUUUGACCCAGAUGUUAUGCUGCACUUUCUGAAAACUCUUCCUUGGGAAAACCUGAAGGCAUUUUUGAGGUUAGUGCCAGACUUGCUAAGAAUUGCUGUCUACUUCACAGGCACAUAAAAAAAGAGGAUAUUAUUCAGCCGGACGUUUAUUGACCGUUUGUUUUGCUGAUAGGUAGUUAGAGUCAGCAGUGAAUUGAGUUGCUGUAGAUUUGAGCCAAACAUUAGCACUAUUGGUAUGUUUUAUAUUACUAGACUGUAAGCAAGAGCCCGGUGUACACACUUUAAAAUUUUACGCCUUAUUGCUCUUUUGUUUUUGUAUUUUCAUUAGUUUAAAGUGACAUUUCCUCCAAAUUGUGCUCGUCUUUGCAUGACAUUGCAUUUUUUUUUUUACUUGUAGUAUGUAAUCAAGAAUUCUGUAGAUGCCACUAUAAAAGUACUCUUGUAUAUAGGAUUGUAAAUUGCCAAAUAGUUAUUUAUGCCACUACUAUUCUUCAUAAAUCUUGUUGUGAUUUAGGGUCAGAAUUUAACAUUUCAAUUUGAUUUUUACCCUUUAAAAUACAUCAGAAUUCUGUUUUUGCAUCAUUAUAUUGCCACAUAUUAGCGAGUUUGGUCUUAUUUAUUGCGUAUUUUUGCUUUUAAUUUUGUCAUAAAUGUUUAUAAAGUCUUUGCUUUUUAAUGUCUGUUUGUGUUUCCUGUAGCAAUGACAAAGCCUGUGCCAUAUUAAGGUUUUUGGCUACUUUGUGUUUGUUUUCUUCAAUUUGGUAGAUGUCUCUUCCACACUGCAGCUUUUUUAUACUUCCUUGCUGGUUUUUUACCACUUCUUCUCUCUCACUUCUUGCUGACCGGUCAUUGACUGCCAACUUGGAAUUCAGGUAUUGAAAAUGUCCACCAAAGCUAUCAGAAAAUAUAUUUUUUGUCAACAGAGAGAGUUGAAAUUAGAAACAGUAACCCUAAACUCUUUUCUAUUGAUUGUUUUGAUCAGUGGGAUUAAAGUUUCCCUUUUUUUCUUUUGUUGUCGCUGUUUUACGAUCUAGGCACGGAAGACAACAUUAACCUUUCCACUAACGUCUUUGCUCGUCUUUUUGCUGUUGUCUUCCGUGCCUAGAUCGUAAAACAGCGGUGCACCAUCAUUAUUGGUCCCUGGCAGCUGACUUCCAUUGUAGCUUUUUUUAUUUGCAUCCUUUUUUUUCACAGUGGGUAACUAUUUUUUUUCAUCGCUACUUUAUUGCGUCAUUGACUUCCAUUGCAGCUUUUCUUUUCUAUCUGCACUGUUUCUUAUUUUAUUUGCAGCAGACUUCAGUUUCUUUCUUUCUUUUUUUUUUUUUUUGGCAUUGUCAACUUCCAUCGUGACUUCUAUUGUUGCGUCAUUGUCUUCAAUUGCAGCUUUUUCUUUUUUUUUUCUAUCUGCACUGUUUCUUAUUUUAUUUGCAGUGGGCUUCAUUUUCUUUCUUUUUUUUUUGGCAUCGUCAACUUCCAUCGUGACUUUUAUUUUUUUGCAUCCUUUUUUUGUUGCAACAGUGUCGGUUCUCGGCCACCGUACAGCAGACCAGAAAACACUCUAAGGGGUUAAAAAUUGAAGAAGAAAAAAAAUCAAACCGAGAACUUGUUUACUGAAACAACCAGUUAAAUUGUCAACAAGUUGUCAAUAAAUUGUUCGAGCUCUGUAGAAAGUGCCUCAGUAGUGUGGUGACUAUAAUGAUGGUGCUCCUCCCCUGUUGCCUUAUUUAACUGUUUUUAAGUGCUUUGUGGAGGCCUAAAAUCCAAACUAAAACUCUCGGCUCUCCUUGGCAGUCUAGAUUUAUUUACACUUCUUUAUAAAUUAAGAUUAUUUUAUUGUCAUCAUUCCCACUCUUUUGUACUUCCCUCUAUCGGACAGUAUUCUCCCCCCUCCCCAAAAAAUGAGGAUAAUUUGAUGACACUCCCUGCCACUGGUAAUUUUUCAUUAUAUCGACUCUCCAGCAGAGACCGCGCCUGCGCUCCUGCUCCCUUCCGAACGAGGCUUCACCAAUCCUGGCUCUGGCUCCAUCCCCGGCUCGGCGUCUCACAGGCCAGUGCUAAUAAGUCGCCUAGCUGACUGUCCGGUAAUGGGGAAGUGAGAGGGAGCUGCCGCUGUCUGAAGAAGCCGAGAGGAAGUUGAGGAGUGACGGGAAGCAGUGCGCCGUGCCGGACCGGACCCCUCCAACAGAGACACCUCCUACAGUUGCUGUUGUUGAGUAGCCUAAAAAAGCGCAGAGUGAUGGAGAGAAAGGUAUGGAUGCUUAUGCUACCUUGUGUUACAUUAGCACGUUUGUUUUAUUCCACAUCACUUUGCCUCGCUCCGGAUCCGCAUCCACCAUUGGAACUAUCUUUUAUAUAUUUUCAUUAUCCUCUCGUAGGCGCGUUGCCAACCGGAUUAGUGCGCACUGGAGUUUUUUUUCUUGUCUAGCUGUAUUUUAUUGUGCAUGUAGAAAAAACCCACCAGGAUUAUUUCCCACCUCAUUGUGUGUGUUUAGGCUUAUUCCGUGGUGUAGUCGCAUGGUGCACAUUGUAUUUGAGAGGAUUUCGAGCAGGGGAGUGGGAUGUGGUUGAGAAUAUUUAAGGGGACUGUAGGCUACAGUAGCUCUCUCUCUCCUUCUCUCUCUCUCUCUCUCUCUCUCUCUCCUUCUCUCUCAGUCUGUCUGCAUCAUCACACAGCACACUGUAUAGUUGCAGCACCUCACCCCUCCACCUCCACCUCCCACCCCUCCCCGUUUUCCAGCCGACGCAGACACCAGCGCGGCUUGUUAACCUUGACUCGUGUGGGAAACAGACACUUGAGGAGGGGAUGCACGGUGAAGCCCUGUCCUCUUACCUCUUACGCAUGCCUUUAUUUGAUUCCUCUUUUCCCCUCCCUCCCUCCUUUCUUUCCCUACUAAACCCCCCCUCCUUGCCUCAUGUAGGACUCUUGGUGCCCCCCCCAUAAGUGUGCAACUGUCUCCUGGAUCAUAGAGGAGGAAAAAGUUUGGGUUUCAGUGUGAUAAUCUGCAGGCAUGGCUGUGGGUACACACAGCAGCAGGAGAGGAAUUUGGGGUGUCCAGUUAGAGCCAGAUCUACUUUUGCUGAUCCAGAGGAAAAUCAAAUUUUUAUACUCCAGCUGGAGCUCGCAGUGUUCCCCCUGCUCAGUGAGUGUUUCCUGUGCCUCAGGGAGAAGCCCGUAAUCUCAAUAUUAACAGUCGUUUCUCUUUGUUAUAAUCUGACAUUAUUCCUGAGAGUUAGAAGAGAGGAUUUUUAACACUCUUAUGCUUCAACCAGCAGACACUUAUCCUAAAAACUGGAAACACAAAGCAGCUAACCCGGUGUAAUUAUUGCCAAUUCGUACACAAAUAUAUUUCAUUAAUUAGUUUUUAAAUCAAAUGUCAAAAAAUCUGUUGUGAGGAUUUCAUGUCGCCACCAGCUGUAGACGACCCCUCCCAGUUAGUCUUAACAGUCAAUCUAGAUUUACGUUUAGUGUAAAGGCCUUCAAUUUACACAUCGAAGCACAUGAGGGGAAAAAUACUGAAAUGUUUUAUCAUUUUGGAGUUUGUUUCCGUUGAGCUGCUCGCAUUAGCUCAGGGCCAGGACGAUAUGCUUUUCUCCCAAUUCGAUUUUUUGGAUGCCAAUUUCGAUGAUAUUGUUGAUUUUCUCUUUAUUCAAGGUCCUUACACACUGUGAGCGUUUUUUACGUGCGAUUAUUUCGGACGUCGAUAUUUUUUCCGAAUCUGUAUCCUAUUAAUACAAGCCUUCACAUCAGCGACGUUUCCCGUCCUGUGAUAUUGCGGCAUUUAUUUUUUCGUAUCACGGUCAAAUUUUCUAAAGUUUCACAUACUGUGUGUCCACUUCUGACCAAUCACAUUUCAUGUAGUUGCGACGUCAGAUUCACGGUUUAUCCAACAUGGCCGACCAGCUGAUUGUUUACGUGUCGGAGAGCAGAGUACUUUUUGAUGAAAAACACAAAUAUUACAAAGAUAACGACCUAAAGGGUUAAGGUUAGGGCUCGUCUUUUUUCCCCUUCGAAAGUUGCAAAAUCGCAUCGCGCUUGAAGUGUAUAGUCAGGCUCCUCAAAAUUUCACCUCCAAAUAUUUUGUGAUUUUGCGUCGUAUUUUUACAUCGUUCCCGGUGUGUAAGGACCUUAACUCUGCAUUUUUUAACACCAGUGAAACUGUUGAAUGAUUAUGAUUGUCUACUGACUAUUUCAGGAACCAUAUGUCCCCCAAAAAUAUACAUCACAUGUAAGUCAGUUUUAAAAAUUUAUUCUUAUAUUUGAAAAAUCAACUUUUGAACAGAAAAAUCGAUCUAUAAAUUGUCAAACAAAAAAUCGCGAUACUUGCGUGAAUCGAUUUUUUCUUCCUCCCCCACUUGAUAGCGUAUCAAUCUUCUCAUCUGACACUCGGCAAAACUGUAUAAAGCUAAUUUUUACAGUAUUUUACUGUGCGAUUACUGUUAGCAUUAGGAUUAUCAAGGUUACUAGCAGCACUUGUAUUUCCUUCUUCUCAAUGAUGUCCGGUACUGUUUCCUUGAUUUUAAAUGUGUCGUGUUUUUAUCGUAUUAACAGUGUAAUUUUCCAAAAUGACGUCUUUUCUGCCAAAUUGUGGCGUUAAAGUCAGUUGAGUUUAAAUUUGCAGGAAACUUUUUCGACUGGUGUUUGUCCUCUGUGGCCUGAAUCCUCAUAUUUGACACUGAAUUCAUCGCUCGUUUUAAACGUUUUAAAAGGUUUCACUUCCUCUUUCUCUGCCUCUCUCUUUGUAACCUACUUUUCCUGCUCUUAUUCCAUGUACAUGACUGUUGAGUUACGAAGGCCUUGGUGACUCAGCUGCUUGCUGAUUUCAAAGGGCACAUCAGAUGCAAUUCAGUUUCAUGAUCGUGAUGCAAAAAAAACCUGACAGAGGUAUUUAAGUAGAAUAGGUGCACAAAAAAGUUACAUAACCGCGUUCAAUUCAUAAAAAAUCCUGCCUGUCUGCGUGCUUUCCAUAGAUUCAGUCCCUCAGCAGUCAUUACAUUAAUUUUUCCUGCGUGUGUAGGGAAUUUUUCCGAUUACAAUAUACAGUAAAUCUCCAUGUGAGGCAGCAGGAAUGUCCUACUUUCUCUGCUCUCUCUACAGCCUCUGCCUGCACCGUUUGAGCUAUUUGGUGACUAUUUUAAUUCUUUAUAGUCUAAAUACUAAAAGGCUUCAACUUAGCGUGUCCUGCAGAAGUGGUUGACUUUCGUUAGGACUGAAAAAGCUAAAUUUCAAACCCCAGUCUUCCCUGACCCGGUUGCUGGCACAGAUAUUCCUCUCUUGGUAUAAAAGAAAGGAGAACAGUCUUAUUAGUAUGCAAGGUGCCGUCACAGCUCCUGAGGUCUGAUAGAGGAUCACAGGAUCAGCUCCUUUUACAGUCUGCUGAAAGCUUGACCUUACUUUUUAAGGAAAGCUGCACAGGAACCCCCCCUCUCCUCACACUUAUUCAGCCCACUCACUCUGUUCAGUCAUGUUUGAAAUUUAGUUUCACUGACUCAUCGGGGUUGAUCUAUGUAUCAGCAAGCACAGACUUUAUCAAACCUUAUUUUUUUAUAAGUGUUCCUCCACUAAAAGUGAGAUAAAUUCAUUAAACUGGAUGCGAUACACGUUUGGCUCUGCUUCCUGGAUAUCAGGUCGCCCAAUUAAAUGUUCCCUGGCUCUGUGUUUUGUGUUAUUUGUGGGAUAAAUGGACAAUAGAGCACUUCCUUUUUUUUUGGCUGGUGAGGAAUUUGCUGGCUCCACAGCGGAAACAAAUGAGCCAACAGGAAAACUUAAAAAACUAUUCAUGUCACUUUCAAUAUGAGAGUUUGAAUGAGUUGUGAGCGCAUGAAUACUGGAUCGAGAUAAAAGUCUGCAGCUGCAAUUUUGAAAGAUUACACUGUUUUAAAAGCAGCAUUACAAGAACAUUAAAUGAACUGCUCAUGAAAUGUGAAGAUUUGCUUUUUUAUUUUGAUAUUUUUCAGGUUUACAAAGUGUUUUUUUUUUGCCUCUUUUUCCUUUAAAUCUGUUAUAAUAGAGGAAAUAAAGCAGAAUCAGUUCUGAUCCAAUACAUGUCACCACUUCUACCAUUUAAACUAAACUAAUACUGCAGCAAAGUGAUGCAGUGUUAUAGCCAGACACAGUCCUUGAUAAUGUAAGCCACACUGCCGCUUAUAGACAUGCAGCUCCAGCACAUCCUAUGUAGCUAUAGAUUAUAUUUAUAGCCGCUCUACUGAGGAUGAAUUUUACCCAAUUUGCAGCCUAUAAAUACCACUUUAACACCGCCCUCUGAACCUCCUCUGUGUCAUUUCCACGCUGAGAUUAUACAUUUUUAUGGUUUAAAUCUGGCUCUCUGUAACCUAAUUAACGCGUACCUCUUCCUGCCUACCAGCAGGUUAUGACUGUUUUUUUUUUAAUCACUGUUAUCCCACCUUCAGCACUUUUUCUUCUAGCUGCACAUUAAACUCAUUCAUAAUGUAGAGUUUGCCGACUAAUGAGAUUGUGCGUUCGACUCAGAGACAAACUGUCUGGGUCCUAAUGGUGCUACAGUUCACUGAGCGGCUGGUUGACCCAUUUAGAUGUUUAACGCUCAAUACUGCACCAAAGUCUGCUGGAGAGAGGACGUUUAAAGCUUCAAUGUGACCCAAUAUAACACAUCCAGAGAUAACACAGCUCACAAUUGAACAUUUAUACAGCUUUUCGUGUUUUUGCAGCAAUUCAAGAUGUUUUCCAAUAUGUUUUCUUUUUCUAAAUCAGUUUUUUGCUGAAAAAUUAAGAAAAAUUGAGUAUAAAAGUCCCAGUACACCUCAGGUAGUCUGCAUGAUGGAGGUGGAUGUUUUUUUGGUCUUGGCCUAUUAUCAGAGUAUCAUCUCAGGGGUGUAAAAGGACACGUAUUCGUACUGAACUGAAUGCGUGCAAAACAAAAAGUAGAUGAAAUUGGAGUUCCUGCACAGACAAUAGCAGAUGAUUGUAUUCAGUUGUUGAAAACGCUUGAUUUAAAGCAUGAUAGGUGAUAGAGCCCUGAGAUGAAACUCCACAUUUCAGCACAGCAGUAAAGUCAUACCAGUCCUUAGAUGAGCAAACAAAAGGUGCUGUUGUGCACAUCUUAUCUGACAGAUGGGAGGAUUUGCAUACUGAGCCGAAACCUUGGUUGACUUCAAAACCAAAGUACAUAACAAACUGUGAUUUUUGUGUACCAUUACACCACUAACCAGCCUCUUAUUUUUAUAGAUGGCUGAUAAAUUUGAUUAAUUGAAAAUUGUGCUACUUUGGCUCCACUGGGUCUACCUCUCUUCAUCUGUUGUUACCACAGACUGUAUAGUAAGUGGGCAUAGUGUCACCCCUUUGUUUCUUAAGUGGAGAUAUACCCUGAAUUUCCACCGCAUCCAGAACAGCUGAGAUUUUUGCCGCCUGGCAAUUCCUACCAGAUCCAGUUUUGAGACGAAUUUCGUGGCAAAUUACGGACAGCUGUAAUCGAGGAGACCUCACAAGAACCCGCAGAUUUACGUGCAAUUGCGCGAUAACGAGUUGUCUUUAGCCCCAUAGGCUAAACAUAUUAGCAGUAGAUUAUGUCCCUCUAGAGGAGGAAAUCUACCUCUAGACUUAUUAAAUCAGCAUCUCCUCAUCCAUGGUGUCAUUGUUAUUUUGUGUCUGUGCCCGACUUCCUUUCUAGCACGGGUUAAUAUGUGCUGAAUUUAUCUGGCAUGCUUCAGCGUCCGGAAAAAAAUAGAACUUGUGGGAUCAGUUGCGAAGUUUGGCGGUCCACAACGUAACUGAAAGAAGCCGAUGGAAAUUGACACAUUAACUUGAAUGGUAAUGAUCAGCUAUGAUCGGCGGAUAUGGCCUUUUCGUAGCCGUUCUGGAUGCGGUGGAAAUUGGGGUACCUCCAUGAACAUAGCUACGAUGUGCCUGCUAGUCAAGUCUGAUUCCUCAGUAUUGUAAGCUUAAUAUCUUUUAAACAAAUGUGUUACAAAAAAUUCACCCCCUGCUAAGUGGGUGCUAGGAAACCAUGAGCUAUUGUAUUAACCCCUUUUCUUUUUAAAUGGGCUGUAAACAUGUUUAUUUUUGCUCUAAAAACCGUUAUCCUUGGCUUAGUGUGUAUGUGGUUUUUGGUGCUACGGCAAACAGCCUCAAGUGGACACUCAGGGAACUGCAGUUUUUAGCAUUUCUGCAUCGACUUCGUUUCUCAAAACCACAAGUUUCUGCUUGAGACUGAGCCGUGAGGUCAUUCACAUUAAGUCUGUAAGGUCUAAAAAUUUUCCCUUGCUGUUUCGGUGAUUUGGAUUUAAUUUGCGACACAAAAAUGUACUUUUCAAUCAUUCCUCUGCUGAUCUGAUAUGCAGACAUGGUGGCAGUUCAUUUUUCAGGCCCUCACCUCUCCUCCUCCUCCUCCUCCUCCUCCUCCUUCUCCUCCCUUUCUCCCCUGUCUUGAUUUCCAUCUCUUGGAUUUUGAGUCGCCUCGCUUCGGCCCUCCACAUACCAAUCCUGCCCUCGUUCUGUCGGCUCGCUCUCCCGUCCCGCUCGGGCAGAGUGGUGCUGAAAGAUCAGGGCUAAUACUUCUCUGGGAUGAAGGAGGAGUGAGGUAUUAUUUCGUAGGUUUGAUAUUUCAUGGAGUUUUAUGUGAUAGCUGGCUCGGUUUAACUCAUGGAAAGUGACUGUUAUUCACUGUAGAUCUGUGUCAAAGUUGACCUCGGCGCCCUCUGUGCUGACUAACACAUCAGACUGAGGCCUUUUCUUUCUCUGAAAAGUAAAAAAAAAAUAGUUCUUUUCACUUCUGGAGCAGCUCCUCGCUCGGCUCACCACCAGCUGCUCCAGUUUUUGAAGUCACUGCAGUCUGCAGUCGCCUUCGCUCGAUUGGCUAUACGCUUUGGAUGCAAGGCAGAUUAUGCCGUUGUCAUGACUACAGCAAACAGGAAAUGCCCCGAAGCAGGUAAACGCUCCGGGCCUUGUUCCGGUGUGUUGCUCGUCACUCGUCUCGUCUUUCCAUCUGCUCCCAUAAUGCCUCCUUCUAUUUCUUUUGGACCGCCGAAGAGCUGAACUAUAAAAAUACUUUGUGCCAGACAAACUCUGAAAUACAGUUCUGCUUCUCCUCAAACUUAGAUCCUUAUGUUAGGUUUUUAAAUUAGCAUAGCUGCUUUGUCCAACUUUAUUUAUUCCCCUGCACCAAAAAUAUGACCAGAUGCCCUUUUAUUUCCAUUCACCAUGGGAUCCCUCUCUUUUUUUCUGUACUUUCCUCUUCAUUACUCAUGCCUGGCUGCAACAAAUCAGCCCCCGAAAUGUACUUCUCCACUCCUUAAUCCCCCCUCUGUGAAGGUGCAGGUUUGUGUGCUUUUGUGCAAUCUCUUUGAAGGCGAGCGACGGCCAUUGAGUAGCUUUAAAGCAGCUUGAGCUGGGUUUUGUGUGCGGCUCUUAAACAGAAUUGCAAGAAAAAAAGCGAGAGAAAGAGAGAGAGAGGCCCAGCAGUGGGAGGGAAUCAGACUCCACUCCAUGCCUUCACUAGAGUCCAUAUUCCCCCCUCGUGCACCCCAUCUGUCUGUGACAAUAUUGUCGAGGCGGGCAGGUUCCUGGUUUCUGGUAUGUAAAUGUUACCGCAGGGAGCUGCACGUUGUACAUCAGCACCAAAUAAAUUCUCAUUCUUGUAUCCUUUCAGCCCCUCCUUUUCCUACCUCUUCCGCACAACAUGCUGAAAAAAGCCAGAAAAUCAGCUUUGUAUUGAUUUUUCUACCUUGGAUUCCAGGUUUCGCUCAGCCUGCUGAGUUGGAAACGAUUUUUAAAAAAACAGUGGUUGUAAAGGUAUCGCAUGGUCGACUGCAAUAUCUUUUCGUUUUCUUGUGAUUGGAAAAGCCAGCAGAUCUCCAGUUGUUUAAGCUGAAGACCAUUGCAGACUUGAAAGAGGAGAUUUCCCCUCUGAGUUUGUUGUAGGAGUGUUGCUGUUAUAAGCUUAUGCAAAGUUUGGAUAUAUAACACAAGAGAUUACUCGGUUUUUGGUUUCUCUCCUGGCUUUCCCAAAAGUUUUGGAGUAGGUGGGGUUCUGUCAGACUGAACUGGCAUAAAAUUAAUUUAGGGUCAAACACACCGUAACACCGAGUGAGACACCCCCUCGACAGAUGAAUGUUGCCGACCGCUUGCUUCUCUAGUUAUACCAACUUUAGUAACGACCGCAGGAUAGCAAUACACAGCGGUCUGAGGAGCCAUAAACAAACCUCAACCAAAGCGCCACUCUAUAGCCACAAAUAAUGCUCAGAACAGCACCUAACUUCAUCAACAGGACAUAUAGGGUCCUAGCCACAGCACGAGCCAUCAAACAUCUUUUUAACUUUGCCUAAUUUCUUAAAAAAAGAGACUAAACUCAACUCACCUACUCUCUUCCAGCAGCCGCUUGUUUGUAGUGAGACCUCAGGCCAGUCCAUUACGGACUGCUGCGGGAGCACGCAGCUCAAGGAAGAACAUUUAUGAUAAUUUCUUUAUCAUUUACUUGAAGUAAUAACCAUCAUAUUAAUCAUUUUGCACUGCAGACACAGUGGUUCUUCUGCCUUAGUGUUUCGAUGUUCAUAAAUGUUCUUCCUUGAGCUGCGUCACCCCGCUGCAGUCCGUAAUGGACUGGUCUGAGGUCUCGCUACAAACAAGCGGCUGCUGGAACGGAGUAGGUGAGUUGUGUUUAGUCUCUUUGUAAAAGAAAUUAGGCAAAGUUAAAAAGAUGUUUGGUGGCUAGUGCUGUGGCUGGGACCCUAUAUGUACUGUUGAUGAAGUUAGGUGCUGUUCUGAGCAUUAUUUGUGGCUAUAGAGUGGCGUUUUAGUUGAGGUUUGUUGAUGGCUUCUCGGACCACUGUGUAUUACUAUCGCUACUAAAUUUGGUAUAACUAGAGAAGCAAGUGGUCAGCAACAUUCAUCUCUCGAGGGGUGUUUAAGUCAGUGUUACGGUGUGUUUGACCCUAAAUUUAUUUUAUGUUGAAAUAUUCCUUUAAUGUCCUUUACUUGUGAUCUGUUCACAGAUGUUGCUUUCAGAAAAUGUUACAACACCAAACUCAGUCAAACUCAGUCCCUCCAGACUUUAUGCCUCCCCUGCACAUUUCAGGGACACCCCUGUCGAAAAUCUGGACACACCCCUGUUCUCAGCAAAUUCUUUGUAUUUGUCUGUUUUAUAUCAACACUAAAAGAAUAUUUGUUUGUAUUUGUUAAAAAAAAAAGUCAAAUGAGGAUAUCUGUGGGAUGUUACAGUCCUGAGAAAGGCUUUGGAAGUGAAUUGGAAGUGUUCAGCGUUUCAUACUUUUAGGGUACUCAGUCAGCAUUGUUUAACAGAUCCUGCCAUGCUCUGCAAAGUAAUGAGUGCCAGUGAUGCAUAAUGUGAUAUAUGAUGCUUGACUCUUGCUGUGAGCUCUUUGUCCCCCUCUUGUGGUCAAAUUAGGAAGUAUUUUAAACUCCCAGACAGAUGCUGUGGAUGUAAAAUUGAUUGAGCAGCAGAGAGAGAUUCAUUCGUGGAAAAUAAAUAAUUAUAAUAAAAAUUCAAAUAUCUUCAUGACUCGUGUUAGUCAUUGAUGCAGUCAGGCCCUGGUCAUACACUCCUCCUUUUAUUCAAAGAGUCACCCCACCCUACCUGGUUGUUUGCUCCCCCUGUUGGUCAUGUAUAAUACUGCUCCUCCCUUACCCCCUGUCAUCCCCCCACUACCCCCUGUCUGCUCCACACUGGGACAUUACCAUUUGGUGAGACUGACUGGCUUUGGUGAGGGAGACGGUGGGGGUCCUGCAGGGGGUACUCCUGCGCUCAAGGCUCUCCUUUGCAGCGCCGAGGCAGCUGGAUCUCUUUGUUACGGUUAAACCUGUGUGAAGCUCAGAGCGAGGGGGACAUUGACUCAAUACCAGAAUCUAGACUGAACCUGGCAUGGAAUUCAGACACACACACACUGAAAGCUUGUGGAUUUGAUAUAUUUAAAGCCUACGUCAUGUGUUACAUAAUGCGAGGUUAAUCUAAUGUAUAGCUCCAGUGUGGAUGAGUAUUUUUCCAGUGGUUGCCUGCAGGGAGGAUACGGAUGGAUCGAGGCAGCAGCGAGAGAUUUUGCAGAGCAGCUUUGGGUUUCUUCGCUCCUCAGAGACUGGAUUAAUGCUUGGUGCAGUACGCUUAGAGCAACAGCAGGUGGCACCAGCAAGUAAACUAAAGCUGCAACAAAUAGUCGGGUCAGUUUCCUCAUCAAUAAGCCGUUUCCAAUAAGCAGGAAUUUAGAGGUGAUAUAUUUGACCUUGGAUUGCUUUCUUUUCAAGGUUUCAGAAAUUUUUCGAGGAGCAGUUUUGCCUUAAAGUUUGAUGUAACAGAUGAUAUGAUUGCAUAAAAACAGCUUGGAUCCUUUAAGACGUCUCUGAGGGAUAAUGCAUCCCUCAAAAGGUCAGGACCUUUGGCCUCUAGGUCACAAUCCCACCAACCAGCUGUCCACACAAUAACAGUUUUCAUGUCAGUUUUAAUAAGAGCUGAAGCUCCUCUGCUGCACGUUUUACCGACUGAGCUUGUCUGAGUGUGGGGAUAAAUGAAGGACAGUUUUUACGCAUCAAACUUUGAGACUCUCGAGGCUUACUUUCUUCCCUCUCAACGCUUCCCUUAUGUUUUCACACCAGCGUGACAGAGGAAGAAGGAAACAAUGACAGUGAUAAUUUGCUGUCAUAUGUCACAAGCCAAGCCCCCUUUUCGAAUCUGCCCCACUUCGCCUCCUUUGUCAUUCAAAUAACCUCAUGAAUAUUUCACCGGUCUGAUCUUACGGGUGGAAGGAGGGAGGGAGGAGGAGUAAAAAAACGGCUGGAGGAGAGGAGGACAUGAAAGAGUCGUAAUAUUCAAGUAGCUUGGUUUUAGUCUGAGUAAUGACCUCAUCAUGCCGUAAAAACUACGCUUGUGAUUUGGGUCAUGAGCGGCGGUGGCUGGUGUAUUUUUCUCUGACAAAGAGGGCCAUAACCAAAUGAGAAAUAAACUUUACAUAUAUAUAAGGUGUAAAAAUGUAAUACAAAAGAAUAUUUAGUUAGAGUGAAUCACUUUUACGUGUACUUGGUCAGCUGAGUGAGCGUUCGUAUUUGUGUCUAUAGUGAGUGAUGCAAGUCUAGAGUAAGAGCUCGGAUGUCCAUGACAGCUUCAAAUAGAAACUUUGGCGCAAUAUAACAGAUGGGCUCCGUUGUACCCAAAGGCUGUAUGAAACAUGGAGGUAGUCAUAGUAACGUCACCUGUGUGAGGCCAAAUUGUGGAAAUCGCCAUAAUGGAAACACCAACGCCAUGACUUCUGGUUGACCUAGACUGAUGCAAGCAGCUUUCAACCCCACCGCAGCCCAAAUUAUUGUUAAUUAUAGAUCAGUCCAAGCUUUAAAUUCAUCAUAACAGAUGAGUUAUUUAAAAAAAAAAAACUCCUUUUAUAAAUGAAAAUAUUAGCCACAGGAACCUAAGCAUUAAACAUAUUUAUGUUGUAAAAAAUGUGUUAUUGGGCAAAAUCAUCUUGCAAAGCUUACAGCUGAUACUGUUGUCAGGGUAUGACCUGACCAACAAACGCCAUUAUAGGAGAAAGAGGCGGGGCUGCAGACAGGAUUAAAUUGUGCGGCUGAUACUUUUUUAGCUUUCUGGAGAGCACUAAUUUUCUUCACAGAAAUGUCAAGAAUCACCUGCUGAGCCUGCCUCAUGACAUUUACUUCUUGGCAAUUGCACGUGUUUCUCUGAGAGUUUCUGCCCCUACCAAACAAGAUUUAUGAGGUUUUGCCCAAAUUAAUAAAAUGUAAUACACCUUAUGUCAUGGAUACGUGAAGCAGCCUGUCUACAGAGUGUUUAAACAUGGAUAUCAACAGGGUUUCUUCGGCUCUUGGAGACAGCCUCAAGUGGGCACUGUAGGAACUGCAGUUUUUGCACUUCAGUAUUUGUUUUGUUUUUUAACACCAAAGCUGCAACUGGGCUCUGCUGGCACUGAGUGCUGACCUCCAAUGUUAGAAUAUAAAGGUAGUGGGAAAGCGCAAAAAUCUGGCAUUAUUUGACCGUCCACUAGAGUGUCACUCUUGAUCAGGUUUGGUCACAGAAACCGGUUAGGCUUGAAAAGACAAUUUCCAUUUUGUACACUGUGAAGGUCAACCUCAAUUUUGUCACUGUGCCUCUUGUUAAGUCAACCAAAAAGAAAGAUGAAAAAGGAAAAUAAGUAUUUCUGAGAUGUGGGUACUUGAGUUUAGAACUGCGCUACAGACACCAAUGGGUGAUUGUCAAAGACUGUAUGAUAACUGGAUGUAGCAUCCAAGACAUCAGACAUUUGUCUCUAAAGUGGCAUUUUAAAGCCUAUUGGCGGCUGACUCAACCUGACUUUUAGUCAGCCUAUCAAAGGGGGGCUUUAAGCCUUUUUACAAAUCACUAUAGUGUGCCGCCUGUCAGUUGAAUCAGCUGUGUUUCUGAUCCACCAAUCGUGUAACCUUAAUAACUUUGAAAUAAACAUGAUACAAAACGUCUAUGCUGGUUUCAUGGAAGCCCUGAGCUAGCCUGCCUCAAGUGGGCACUCAGGGAACUGCAGUUUUUACCAUUUCGUCAUGGCUUUUUGGUAACGUCACUGUAACUAAGUCAAUUUUUAUAUAGUCCUUGACCACGUUGAUUCAUGCCCCACCCUUUAUUAACUGACUGUAUUCCUCUGCCGACUGGUGGUGCAUAUUGUGUUUGGGGCGCAUUCUUCCUUUGCCUCUCAAAUCUCCUGUCCCUAAUACUGGAGAGGAGCAAGUGCACAUGUUUAACUUAUAACAUGAUGUUAUGUUCAUAUCAAAUUGUUUUUGAAGGACUUUGUUUUGCAAAGGUCUAGGGAUGCACUGAUCAGAUAUUUGAUAUCGGUAUCGCUCCCAAUACUGAAGAAAAUUCUAGAUCAGGUAUCGUGACAAUGGGCCAGAUGCAUAGGGGCCAAUCUAUUCAGUCUAACUCUAUGCUAUGUGCCGUGAGUGGCAUCCACAAGUAAAGACGAUGAUUGAAUGCCUACACUGUUUUCAAAAUUAAGUGAGCAAAAGGGGUCUGCUGUCUUGAACUUUAUCUCAAUACCUCAGCCUACAACCUCGAUGGCCACUUGCAAUACCUGCGCAGUAAACAUUCCGAAGGGCAGUGGUAAAAGUUCAGGUUACAACAAAAGGUAAUUCAGCACGGAUUUUCUAUAUCAGAAAUGGAUCCAUAUCGGCUGAUAGUAAACUGUAGAUAUCUGGAUUAGUAUUGGAGGUGAAAAAAGCAGAUCGGUGCAUCCCUACAAAGGUCUGCUGUUUUCUUGCGGGGGAGUGUCGAUGCACAUAAAACCAUUUAUUUUCUAGAAUUUUUCUUGCUUCAGUUGUCAGCAACCCGUCAAAAAAAAAGAAAACUCUUCCUGCAGGAAACCCCAGCAGAGCCUAAUUACACGUGUCAAGUAACACAGUCACCUUGCUGUGCCGUCCAGUCUGCUUGUUUGCCUACACAGUCACCACAGCCUGAGUGAGUUCAGCCUUCAGGCCAGCCAGUGGGUGAAAGGUAAAGCUAAUGAGGUGAGUGGAGGAAACACUCCUAACCUAUGAAUGCACUCUGACAAAGGCCAGCGCGGAAACACAGGAAGUGAAGGUGCUCUUGACGUGGCCCCUUCGGCUUUGUGAAGUGGCUUUAGAGCACAUUAGUUCCCUGAGUGUGAGGGGCAUUUGCUUCUCAAACACUUGAUGUAAUUUCUCGGACUUGAGUGGCUUGAGUGGAGACUAACACCGACACUGUCCUCUUUCUGCUCAUCAUGAGUGUCCGGUUUUAACGUGUGGCCCCUUUAAGAGCCCCUUUUUUUGAGAAUGAGCCGAGCUGUGUGUGCUUGUUCUGACCGUGGCCUCUGUUGGUCACCAGUGGGGGAGGAGGGGAAGGGGAAGGGUUAGCUGACUAUAACGUCCCCAGCCCCCCUUUCAAAACCAAACCAAACGGCAGCCUCACUUCUCUGCUCCACAUGCCCUUAUCUACCAAUGGAAUGCAACAGCUGUGCGGGGGAGCGGCAGGGUGGGCUGGCUGAAACCCCCCUGACAGACCCCCGCGCAGACACCCCCCACCACCCACCACCUCCUCCUCCUCCUCACCCCCCAACUCCAACCUCCAAGCGACGUGCCGGGCUCCUGAAAGGCAGCUCAACUAAAAAAGUGAGCUAGACACAGUGAGAGACUCGGCGGGGCUGCUCGCUGCUGCACAUUCAAAAUAGAGCCAGAGAGGGAGGGUAGAGAGAGAGAGAGAGAGCAAGCAGGAGGAGAGAGAGAGAGAGAGAGAAGGAGAGUCAGGGACAGGCAGUGCUGAAAAGGAGAGCACAAAGAGAAGGAAAGUGGAGCAGGGGAGGGGAACAGGAGGCUGGGUUGAAGGGAGAGGGAGAGACAAAAGAAGGAGAGAGGGGAGACGUAGCAGAGGGUGAACGGAGGGGACUCGAGCAAAUGGCUACGGAGGAGACGGCGGGGGGAGCCAGGAAAGCCACCAAGAGCAAACUGUUUGAGUUCCUGGUCCAUGGAGUGGUGAGUGGCGCUGUCCGUCAUUCCCUGGCAUGCAUCUAUGUGUGUGUGUUCAAUGUGUGUGCAUGAGUCGGCGCAGCAGCAGCAGUGGCGGCAGCAGCAGCAGCAGCAGCAGCGGUCUGUGUGUGAGAGAUAGCUGGGUAAAGCUGGCCAUGUGAAGGUUAUUUCCAGCCCCCCCUCCCCAACCCCCUCCUCCUCCUCCUCCUCCUCUUCCUCUCCGGAUCACAGCCUGUUAGGGGAGAGAAGAAGAAGAAGAAGAAGAAGUGAAGCAGCAUGGAUGGAGGGAUGGAGCUGUGCAGGAGGAGGAGGAGGAUGGGGAGCAGAGGAUUUCUAAGACAUAAAGAAGGAUAAAUGUAGGAGUAAAAAAAAAAAAAAAAGCAGCCAGCUCCCUGUUCAGCUCAGAGAGGAGCAGAAAGCCUUUCUGGGAGUCACAGACAGCAACACAACAACACAGAGUGAGCAGCCUGAGCAGGCUCUCAGGCAGCGUGUCUUUGCUCGGUGGAAGGAUUUGAACCUGUAAGGUCACGAGACAAACGGACGUAGUAGUAGUGUAGACGACAGAGACGAGGCAGACGGCCAAAUCCUGGAAAUCAUGCAGAACAAUUGCCCCAUUCAUGUGCAGCUAGCAUGAAAUGUCAAGUCAAGUGUGGCUCAUGGUUAGAGGUUAGGCAAGUAUUAGUACAAGGCUCGUUCUUGAUAUUUACAACAGCGAUUUGUUUUGGUUAUGAGCCGAAAGAACGAAGAGGGUUCAGGAUCACGUUUUGGUCAGUGACACUUGAUUUUGGAGGAGGUUUAGGAGAUGUGACUUUGACAUUGACUCAUCGACUGAUCAGGGAAAUUAUGACACUGAGUCCUAAUAUUUAUUUUCUUAAGUUUCUGAGAAGAAGUUAUAUCACUGUCUCCGUUUGUUUCAAUCUUACAUCUUUUCAUCUGUCAUGUCAUCUUUAUGGAAAUGUCAAACUAUUUAUUCAUUUUCACCAAUUAGCUGUAACCUGAAAUUGUUUCCACUAGCAUAUCAGAUAUCAGGUUUCAGAUCUCAGAUAUCAAAUUUAAGGUUUUGGGUAUCAGAUCUGACAUUUUGGUAUCAGGUUUUAGGGAUUAGGUAUUGAGAAUAGUAGAUCAGAUGUAAGAUACUAGGUGAUGGGUAUCUUGUCAGUUGGGUAUUGUGUAACAGUACUGUGAUUCGGGUAUCAGAUUCUGGGUAUCAAGUAUCCGUUAUUGGGUUGUCAUUAUGUAUUGGGUAUCAGGUCUUUGAUUUUGGAUAUCUAGUAUCAGGAAUUAGUUUCAAAAUAAAGUGUCUGUAUUAGGCAUAGUGUAUCAGAUAUUGGCUAUGAUGUAUCAAUUAUUUGGUUUCAAGUAUUGGACAUAAUAUAAAAGGUGUAUAAGGUUAUACAUAGGUAGCUGGUACAGGUAUUGGUUUCUGCGUAUCAGGUUUGGGGUAAAGUGUAGCAAAUAUUGAAUAUUUUGUAUCAUGUUUUGGUUAUCUAGAUCAGGUAUUUGGUAGUUUGUGUCACGUUUUGGUUAUUUUGUAUCAGGUUUUGGUUAUAGUUUAUCAAUUAUUGAGUAUUUUGUCUCAGGUAUUGGAUAUUGUGUAUCAGAUGUUGGGUGUUGUGUAUGUCAAUGGUUAUGGUGUUUCAGGUUUUUAGGUUUUUUGGUCUUUGGUAUCAGCUGUUCGCUUAUAGACAUUGAUUAUAUUAGGUAUCAGGUAUUGUUACCUAAGUUAUCUUACCUCUUGUUGAUAAAUAAAAAUGCUGUCACUGACAUUUUUCCACCACUUAUAUUUUGAUUUCCAGCAUCGAAAAAAGUGAAAAAGGCUCAAAAUGAUACAUGGUCAUUUUGAGAUGUUAACAUGACCUCAUAAAUUUAUUUUAAAAGUAAAGAAAAAAGUAUAAAUGACCUUAAAUCAAAAAAACUUGUCAUUUCUGACUCAGUAUUUUUAUUAUUUGGGGUCUUUUGUGCCCUUUUAAAUGAAAUAGUUAUAGACAUUGAGGAGGAAAGUACUAGGUCAAAACCUGCAUACAGAUACCCAUACCAGGCUUUAAUUGGAGAUACUCAAAUUAAUUUAUUAAGCCAUAUAAGUGUGUGAUACUUGAUGACUUUGAUAUUUUGAACUCUGCAAAUGAAAACAUAGUUAACAAGAAACGAUGAUCCUACUUCUUUGCAGCAGAAUUUCUUCACCAUCCCCUACCCCAGAAUCAUCUGGUAACCAUUUAGAUUCAUUUUCCCUGAGGCUGGAAAGUAUAAUUCCACCCUACAUACUGUAUAAUAUCCCUCUUAUUAUGGAAAAUACCUUUUGGUUUUUUACUCUUUGAUCGAGCUGAACUGAAUUUCACCUUUUUAUACCACUUUCUUUUUUUCUGAGGUUUAUCAAGAAGAUGGUUCUUAUAGAUUUAUUUGCUCAGCUCUAGAAUUAUUACUACUUUUGAAUGAAUGCAUAUGAACAGUGUUUUAUGUGCUCUGUAAAAAGAUUAGUGGCAUAAAAGUUAGAGGACAUACAGAUGGGAGAUGAUGUGUUCAUGGUCUGCACUGUGUCUAUCUGUGUUUUUGAAAAUUGAGUGAAAUGUCCAAAAACAACAAAGUUUUAGAAAUUAUUAUCCACCGCAGAAAUCAAAAUUUUAACCUGUGAAAUCAGUGUCUGACCCCGAGUAUAGAAAACACUCUCUGGCAAUGAUGUGAUUUGAAGAGCAGAGGAAAGGAGAAUUAAUCAUCUUUUUUUCCCUUUUGAUUAUUGAAAUUAGAAUUCAAACAAAAAUGUCCGAAAAGUGCAAAAAAUGUAACCCCAUAUAUACCAAUCAAAACCUUUUUCAAGGUUUCUGCUUCAAAAUCCUCAAAUUACAUCCAGUUUUGACGCUGAGUUUGGGUUUUUUUAACUUUUCCUGACUAUUAAUUAUCACUACAACCAAUCAAAAAUGUCUUCACUCUUACUUUUUGAAUUUUAUCCCUAUUUGGAUGUGGUUUUGACUUCCUGCUGAACUGAAUUUGACCUUUGCGCACAUCCUGAAGUUUGGCAGCGCUUCCUCAUCCUCGAGUACAUCAAGAAGCUCGAGAAGACUUUGAGGUUUCUGUUUGUCAAACCUUUUUAUGUCACACAGAAAAACACUCAAAACCGGCUCGAAUAAGUCUUGAUUUCAGAUCGUUUUAAUCAGCGCUGAUGUCGGGGCGUCCUGACGGCAGGUAGAUUUAUCCACUGGAACACGAUGAGGUAUUGUGUGUGUGACAGGUUCGGUCAUUACAGGGGCUUUGGUGCUGAAUCCCGGCUGCACACACAGACAGACUUUAGGAAACAAUGGAGCCGGUGAUUGAUGAGCCAGAUGAGUGUGUCCUCUCAACAGACCAAUUAACCUUGAUGAGGCUCUGGCUGCUUCAAGCCAAAUAUUUCCCUCUGCUUAGUUUCUCUCAUGCCGCCCUCCCUCCCUUUCUUCUUCCUCCAUCCUCCUCUGUCUCUCCCCCACAUUUUAAGAUGGAAAAGUCUUGUUUUAAUACUUGCGGCAGGUUCCUGGUUGUGUGUGUGCUGCAGGAAGGAGAAAUAUUUAUGGGAUACGGGGACGUUUCAGCGCAGUUUGUUAGCUUGUGGCGAAGGAUGACGUUUUCUUUUCCUCUGAAGCGGAGCAUCUUUUAAACACUGCAAAACGUACAUAAAAAGAUGCAUUCAUAAACACGCUGUAUGCAAACAUUGUUGUGGUUUGUGAAGGUCAUAGCGUUCCUGAACGUGUGUUUGUGUGUUGUGGGGGAGUGAUUUUGGCCGGGAUCUGGUUCUGGGUGGGCUGAAAGCUUGACUGAGGUCUCUUCUUCGUCUUUCUCCCUCAUUAUCUACCUCCCCACCCCACCCCACCCCUCCCUCUGUAUUAAAUGUGCGUGUGGAGGUCAGCGCUUUCCAGCCUUCCAGCGCCCUUCAAGGGAAACCCUGAUAAGCCCAAAAACUUCAUACGACGCUCUGUAACUUGGCGUAACCUUUGAAUGUAAACUUCACCUUUGCUCCAAAAUCUCAUUCCGCCCAGCUGACGGUUGAGGCUUCACAUUUUCAGGGUUUCUGUUUCCUCCCAGCCUCAACGCCAAACAUUCAAAGAGGUGAAAUAAAUUUUGUCUGCUGUGCCCAAAGCAUUAAAUUCUGCAGCCACUUGUCGUUCAGAAACACAAUGUCCCAGUUACUCUGGGUUAUCCGCAGACCUUGCCAUGUUCAGUUCCCUUUGAAUUCACUUCUUUACUAAAGAAAUAGUCGCUCUGAAAGCUGUCCAAGAUUUGUUCUCUGCAGUUAGAGUAACAGAGACUCGGCUUUCAGCGAGAGGAGCUGCUGUUGAAGCUCAUUAAAUUAAGAUUUUUAAGUGUUGUGAGCUGCGCAGAUGAGAUUUAUCUUUAUUAUGCAGGAGUGGAGGAUCUCUAGAUCUUGACUCAUAAAAACCAAAACCUUCAGGUGAAUACAGGUAAAAGAUAUCAUUUAAAUUUAUACAAAUGGAGAAAUGACAUGUGGUGGAGAGAGAAAUUGUGGUUUUUGUCAAUUUUGGUGCCUCUUGUCUUUCUUCUGUCUUUUCCUUGACAUGAUAAAUUUGUGUCUUGUGACAAAUAUCCCAUCCUGCUGACUUCUACAAUGAAAUCUGUUAUUAUAUAUAAUAUUUUACAUAGAAAACUUAACUUUAAAAGGGCUUUUCAGCCGCUCUUCUGAAACCUACCCCUUGCAUCCAUUUCAGGCAUUAAAAAUUACAAAUUAACAAAGGUUUAUGAUGUUUCUGAUGGUCUUAUUUGCCUCCGUCUAUCAUAAAAAGGCAUCAAUAUGAAUUUGAGUGUGUUUCGUCAAUGUCAAAAAACUCCUUACUGGAGCUUUAACUCUAAUUUCAAGUAUUGAAAGAAAAUAAAAUUUGUCUUAUUCCAUUGGCAGAAUUAUUUUCUCAGUACAAGCAAUUUAUCCUUUGCUUUUGGUGUGUUAUAUCUUUAAAUAAUAAAAAAAAAUGCUUCUUGUCAGGUUAGUAUGGCUCAGAAAAAUUAUACAAAAACACAAAGAUUUAUUAUUUGACAGUUUUUACUUCUAUACAGGGCGCUACAUCCUAGGCCAUACUCUUUGUUAUUUCAUUUACUGAGAUCCAACCCCAACCAUGAGCAAGCCUUUUGCAACGUUUGGCAGUCUUAGGGAGAAAAAAGAUUUUGAACAGGCAGAAACCUUGAGCAGGACCAGAAUCACGGUGAACAGCCAUCUGCCUUGAGUAGAUAAUAAGUGAAAUAAAUGUGUAUUUCUGACUGUUUUUAUCAUUCAGCAUCCUCAGCACACCUCACUAUCACCUUGAACAGUCUUGUAUUAGCUAAAUAUUCAUUGUGUUAUAUGUAUCAGAUUAAUAUUCCACGUUGAAUAUUUGUACAAAGUUGAACUAAAGUCAGAUUCCUUUAUUGUGCGCACAAACCCGGCCUUUAAAGCUGAUUCUGCUCUUGAAUGGAGGACAGGGGAGGAUGCAGAGAAAGAGAGAGACGGACAGAUUUGUGCGCUAUAUCAACUGACAGAGAAGCAGACAGGGCGCUCAAGGUGAUGCCUUCAAAUUCAAACUCAGUUUCGGUUUGUUGAAUCCUGAGAAGAUCGGUAAAUCAAUAAAUAUGUCUUGGAUAGUAUUUCCCAUUUGUUCGUAGCUUUGGAGAACAGCCAAGUAAAUAAUUGAAAAUGUCAGAAGCGAGAGGAAAACCAAAAACUGACAACAUUAGAAAAGCUGAAACCAGUGUGAUAGAAAAAUUACGCAUCUAUCAAUUAAGUGGGGGCUUUGUAGUUCAAUAAUAAACUGAUUUAUACCUUUUGUCAGACAACUUAAAUUUGAUAGACUGAAUUAUCUUUGGCUGGUUUUCAGAAAUUUAUAAAGCGAUAAAAACAUUCGAAACAAUCCUGAUAUGAUAGCACAGAGAGAGCACUUCUCUUAGUAUUGGAUCAGUAUAUUACCCUCAUCGUUACACAGAUAGUGAUUUAUGAACUUAUUUAUUAAAGCUCCUUUUUCACUGCUGAUGAAACAAACGCAGCUUUAUUUCAGUACUUCUAUAUGACCGACAAAAGCUAACAAAAUCAGUUGUUUCUGUCGUGACUCCACUGUCGCAAGGUUGUUAAAAUGAUCACUUAUACAUCUACAAGAUCAGAUUUAAAAAAUAUAAGGGUCCUUGUUUUGUCCACAGGGGGCGCCAAAAUCAACACAAACCGAAAAUUCCUCACUGGAGCUUUAACAAAACUGCCUAAAACAACAAAUACCAACACAGUCAAUUUCUGUCAGCAAAGUAAAUUGACUACUUAGUUAAGUGAUUUUGAGUAUAUUGUUCCACUUGACUUAAUUUAAUGAAGAAUUAAUAAUAAAAUCAAAGUUAAAAGCUCUAAAAUGACUCGCAUCCCGCUCAAAGUACUUUAUCUUCAGUAUUUAAUAGAUUCAGCGCUCCAGCUGAAGCCUUUUAAAUGGACCCUCCAUGUUACAACCCACAGACUCAUAUGUUUAGCACAGUGUGGGUUAAGUUUGGCCUCUUCAAAUCCCUCCAGAGAUGCCAACACACUUCUCAGAUAUCCAUCCACAUGGCAGAUUCGAUUGCUGGCUGGCUGGCAGAGCUGCGGGCAGAGUGUUGGAGUCAGUUCAGCAGGUCAGAUUAUAGAGUAUCACUCAUUGUGCGUCUAUGUGUGUGUGUGUGUGAGUGUGGAUUUAGGAGAAAACUCAUCUAAAACACUAUCAAGCUGUGUGUGUGUGUGUUUUUUCCUGUAUGUGUUAUCUGAAGAGCUCAGAUUCUCCAGACAGACGGUUGUAACAGAAGUCUGUCUGGCUGUUUGGGUUUUAUUGUCCAGCUUAUGUAGGAGGGAGACGGGAAGAGAAGGGGUCUCUUAAAGCUCCACAAGGUGAUAACAUUCAAGCUGAAGGCCCCCCACCAUAUGUUGUCUUAUCCUCCCCUCUUCGGAGAGCCUUCUCAGUUGCUCUUACACCCGACAUCCCCUCCCCCCCUUUCGUCGAAACAAACUCCCAGCUGGAGUGACAGCAGCGGCUGCUCAGGCGUCUUAUCGCAAGAUCUGUGCUUGGUCACCAUUUCAAAGGGCACAAAACACGUCAGUCUUACCCCGACUCAUGCCGUCAUUCUCUGUUUCGAGUUAUCUUUUAGUGUAUACAUGCUUGUACAUUUCAUUUCUAGUUUCCUUUUAUAACUCCUGCUGUUUAUUACAUUCUUUGUUGUUUGUUUAGUGGGUUUGUUUCUCAUUGGUUUGCCGGUCUAAAGAUCAAAUCUGAUAUGUGUACAGUGAGCCGUGAUAAACAUUGUGAAAUGAACGAAAAAAACGCGCGCUUAUGAAACUCCCUGAUUUGUAUCCUUCAGUUGUCCUUCUCGCCACAACAUUUAUUCAUCUGUGACAAAAUGUAGCAGGCGCUUUCUGUGCUGAUUUGAAAGAGGACAUUUAAUUUCUUUGCAAGGGGACGGUUAAAAUAUCUGUGUUCACAAAGUCACGACUCUGGUUAAAUACGAGAUGUAGACGCUUUGUUGGAAAAUAGGAAUAAAUAGGUGUGUGGAAGCAUUAUGACUUUGAUAAUAAGGGUAAAAUAAACUUGUUUGUCUGUGCCAAUUUGUGCCCGGUGUUGCAUUCGCCAAGUGCGUUUAGUGAAGCACUGCAUUGCAGAACAGGUUGAGAUAUCCAACUUCUACUGCAGUUCAAUUUUACACGACUUAUUCUUUUACAUUACUGUAUAAUUAGUGAUUAAAAUAUGUGAAGUGCAUAGUGAGAGCUGAAAAAAACAAAAGCAAAGGUGGUAUUACCCACCAGAUUCAGAUUCAGGGUGUAAGUAAGCCACCUUUGAGAUUUGUUGGCUUUCUUUUCCAAGUUAGUUUGGUUUUAAUUUGAUUAAAUGUGAAAUUAACACCAGCUAAAGCGGUCAAAUUCAGUUGGCAAAAUGUGCAUUCAUGUGUCAGACAGUGCAAGUAUAAGCUGGCGAUUGACACUCUAUGAUCUUAAAAGUAAAUAUAUGUAUGGAUUUGUUUUGACUUGCUGGUUGACAUUAUUGGAUCAAUCGUAGCGUCUCUGUAAGAGCUGAGCUGUAAAAAAAAAUCAGUUUAUAAUGUGAAGAAUAUCUCCCAAAAAUUCAAGUUACAACAACAAUAGUAUCCAGAUUAUUUUGGGAAGAACAGCUCUCUUCUCUUUUUUUCGUUGUCUGAAGUCUUGACAACCUUGAAGGACAGAAACUGAGUUAGCUUGUAUUUUCUGUGAUUACAAGAAAACACCUGCAGUCUUUUAACCCAUCCUGUCACUAUUGUUCGCUUGACUUUCUUUUCUUCUCUUAACUUUUUAUUCAUUUGAACUGAGUUAAACUUUUAAACUCUACUUGGUUAAAAAACACAUAUAAAUCUACUGUUUUGUUGUUAUUCUCAACAUCUUUCAGCCACAUUAGACUGUAUCACUGUGAUAUCUGAACUUGUAUGAACCGGUCCAGCUAACAGAGUAAAGGUCUUUCAGUCUAGUUUCACAGACAGAGAAAAAAAGAGGGAUUUUCUUGAAUAAUUUAGUAGUUUAGUACAUGUACCAUAAAAAAUAAAGAAUACAGCUACUUAAAAUUAAAGUUUUUAUGACAGAAACAGACAUUAGGAAACUAGUCUUAAAGUGCUUAUAUUUUUUUAUCACAUUAUGAAGAAUAGUACACUAAUAACACUAACUGAAGCCUGUUGUUUGUAUUAUUACUCUUUAUAUUGUAUGGUUUAACAGAAGUAUUGCGACUUUUCCUCAAUUUAAUAGUUAUUGGAGUGUUUUCACCACAUACUGACACGUCUAAAGUGAAAUACUUGUCCUUAGAGAUUGUUCGAUGAUGAUUUGUUUACGUCCUAGUGAGGAUCUUUGCAUACAGAGAAGUAUCUGUUCCUUUGAUAAGUCAAAGUAUUUCUUUCCGUUACACAAACCUCGGUUUAGUUUCAGACAAUAAAGAGAGGCGUGAGGCAGCUGUUGCCAUGGGAGUGACAGGCACAGGUGAGACUUCCCCAGUUGUUCCCAGGCGUCAAGACGGGAGUGUGGGACUGUGGACUCUGACACUAUUUGCAUUGUUGAGGUGAAGUGUGUGUGUGUGUGUGGGUGGGUGUGACAAAGUCUGCACCCUGCAAAAAAACAACAACUUUAUCUUGUCUGUGUUUUCAGCUGUCACGCCUGAUUUUGUCAAAAGAUGAAAAUAUGUGUAAAAAAAACUCCAGCUCGCUCUCAGGUUGCUCAUAUUCAGGGUCAAAGUUUGUGCUUUAGAUUUCAAGUUGGUCUCUAAUGUCAACAGAAGCAGAUCCUAUACAAGAUAACGCAAGAGUCAAAACAGAAAACUCUGUAAAUAUACGUCACAAAAUUGCUUCAUGUUUUCAUGUUUGCUCGCUUAUCUGCUGUUUGGUUUCUGAAAGAUUCUCAAAGGUUAAAAAAGGUCAGAGGCUCUCCGGUAUCAUUCUGCUUUCUGCUGCUUGAGAAAUCUCUAUUUUUGUAAGCAGAAGAGACACAAGAGUGAUAUUUCACGUAGUUUGGAUUUGGAGCUGGUGUUGCACUCUUUGUUUUUUUCUGCUUCUUCAGGAUUGUUUCCAAAAACAAAAGUGUUUUUACUCAAACUUCUUCAAAAUUCUACCUCAAAACCUUCAAAAGGGAGUAGAUAAAAGUUUCACUUGAUCUGAUGUUUCCUUUGCUUUAUUUUUAGAAACACUAAUUUGUGAUUAUAAUUCAUCAAAAGACACUGCGGAGAAUGUUUUCUUCGUACUCGUGACCCAUCUAUUCUCUCGCCUUUCCUUCCCAGCGUCCUGGUAUGCCGUCUGGAGCGAGGAUGCCCCACCAGGGAGCUCCCAUGGGCCCCCCCGGCCCCCCAUACGGAGGGAGCCCGGCCGUGCGGCCCGGCCUGCCCACCCCGGUGAUGGAGCCCAGCCGUAAGAGACCGGCCCCCUCCCAGCAGGUCCAGCAACAGCAGCAGCAGCAACAACAGCAGCAGCAGCAGCAGGCCGUCCAGAACCGGGCCAGAAAGUGAGUCUGAAUCCAGCCCACCCCUGAUCCCAACCUUUACACUGCAUGGCCUGCAAACAGCGACUUCCUCAGUGUUUGUUUUGUGUGUACAUGUCGAGAUCAUGCAGACUACAAAGGCUGUGGCAACACUUUUUGAUUUGGCCGGUCUGGAUGAAAAAUAAAUCUGAUUAGGCGGAAAAAUUGGCAUCAAUCUUUCAAACCAAACAUGGAAACGGUCAUGAAUCACAAGCAGACAAUGUAGUAAAAGCUGGGCAUCAGACCAAAAUAUUCCUCUGGCACCAGCUGUACCAAGCACACAAAGCUGGAGGUAAUAGGAAAGUCUUUGCCAGUUUAUUAAGUGCUUUUCACUUUUUUUUCUGACAAGGCAAGACCAGAUUGAAGUCGGUGUUCGGCUAAUUUUAAACUUUAUGUCAGUUUGGAAAAGUGUUCUUUGGCUACUGCCUUCAUUGACAUGGUGUACCCACAUUUUCAAGAGCUUUUGAAGGUUUUGUCAAAUCAUCAUGAGACUUCAAAAGAGUGGAUGAAAUAGAUGUAAAUUCCUGUAAUAACACAGAGGAAUAAGUUAGACCUGAACUAAGCAGAGAGUCUCGACUGGCUCCCAGGCAAUGAACCUCCUUUGUAAAUCUUAAUAUUUAGUGAUUUUUUGCAUCUCAGUUCAGAUUCUGUCCUCAUGGGGCUUAACUCGUGUUGAUUUAUGAAUCGGUAAGUGAAAACCUGUAGUUCGGCAUGCGUCUUGAAUCUAAAAAAAAAAACAUUUCAUAUUUGAAUGCCCAUCAUCUAUCCUGUCAAUUACUAUGCUGUACUUAAAUACAGUACCUCGUUUUAAGCGGUUGCCUCAGGCGGUGCGCUCAAACCAAAUGUGUAAAAGUUGAUAUUUAAACACUUUAUGUGACUUUUUUUGCAAAAUAUUUGUGCCGUUUUUCCCAAAACAACCCACUGGUUUGACCAACAUCCAACCUAAUGAAGUUAGGUGCUGAAAAAAAAGGCAUUUAGUUAUCAAAUUAUGGAUUGACAACUUUUUCAAUGGAGUUUGGCGUAGGUCCAAUUUGAUCAAGGAACCGCACGAAAGGUUAUCUUGUCUUACGCUGCAUCCCAAAUUGUGAAGAUAAAGUGUAAUGCAAAAAGGGAGCCACUGCUUGGCCUUCAUUUCAGCUUUUCUCAUCACACUCAUCCUCACUGCUCCGUUUGUUUUUCCUCUCCAUGUCUCGUUGCUCGCUCUCAUGCCUGAAUGUUUCUCCUCUGUUUGCUCUUUAAGUCUUUGUAGUCCAGUUUGCACCAUGAGCGUUUAUGUUUGUCUAUUUAUCUCCUGUUGUCUGCGGUCUGAUCAGGCUCUAGCACCUGCUUCGGCUCAUUGUAACCACAUCUAUUGUCUGCUAUUUGAUUACCCUGUACAAAAGAUCUGAGCGCUCACACUCUCACACACAGAGGAUGGAUGUCUAUUAGGAGUGGAGUGUGUGGCAGGUAUGGUCAUUAGAAAGAGGAUCAAUAUGCACACUCACAAGACCUCUGUCUCUCUCUGUCUCAUUCUCUCAGUAUCUGCAGCACGAUUGAUCCACUUACAAUUAAGCAGGCUUGUCGAACAGUUCAGGGGAAAUGUUGUCCCACGUCUGGGCCUCAACCCCCUGAGCAGCUCGGCUGACUGCAGAGGGUGUGAUCGAUGGUGCAGGGUGACCCGAGCGUCCAGGUGUCUCUCUGUCUAUCUCUCUUUGAGAGGAGUUUGUGUCCUCUGGCAAACAAGUUGAUGCUCCUGCUCGGGCACUCUUCUCCAUCCAGAUCAGACCCCACGCAGCUGCCAGCUGAGGUUUGGGCCACCUGUGUUUGCAGUGUCAUUGAGACCUUAUGGUCCCAGAUACACUCGCUCUGCAGAACGAAUGCUGAACUCCACAAAGCUGCAGCUAAAAAUAGGAUUUAAUUCCAGUUAACUUUGCAUAAAGUUUAGAAAAAGUCAACUUUGUGUCUCGGAAAUGACAUUUGUUUACAUGUCAUUUCUGAGACGCAAAUAUGUUUUGUUUACAGUAGAAAGUAUGACAUCAAUGUGCCGAGCAUAACCCAAAGACAGAUGGUGGUCACCAAGGACUUUGACAAAAGAGAUCUGACUUUGCACCCCGAGUCCCAGGAGAGGGAAAACUUCUGCAUCACAUUAAACACAAUGCAACCCACAAUAACAAUGACUCUUUUGCUUCAUCUUUUAUGAGAAACUGGACCAGUAUGGCAGCUUCUAAAGGUCUGCUAUCUUGUUAGCAGAUAUAACCAGACCCUGAAUAAGGAGAUUCUGACAGAUUAAUUUAAGGAAUAUCAAUGUGUGGAAAGAAAUUCUAUAAAUUUGUUUACAGAGUCAAAACCAAGACAUAGACAGAAAGAGCAAGAGAGAUUGAAGUCAUAACACUGCAGGCUACGACGGGGAAAAUGCAAAAUUAGAGAUUCAGUUAAACUUAGUUUGGGAUGUAGCUGUGUUUAAGGAAUGUUAAAUAGAAAAGAAAAUGUCACAGACUCUGAUUCACUCAGUCCUCUUCACCUUAUUUUACCUCAUCCUCAGAGGAACUGUUCAGGCUAAUGUGAGUGAGUCUGUUUAAUGGCUACUGCUGUACAGCUUUACUGUCUGGAUGUAAACAAACACAGAUGGCUGAUGGCUUGUUGUGUUCUGGAAGUGUUGUGAUGAACUGGCACAUAAUCACUGAACUGGAGCAAUGUAUAACCAGCACAGACAUGCAGACCAUAAACUGUCAGGAGGACCAAAGGCUGGUGGAGCGUAAUCUGUUUACUGGCAGAAUCUCCACUGUGAUAAAGAAGUUGCUCACUUAUGACUUUGACUUUUUCUUUAGUCUGACUUAGAAUUUCCAUUUAAAGCUCCUGUGGGCAACUUUCAGUUUGUGUCGACUUUGGCGCCCCCUGUGGACGAGCAGUCAUUUGUCUUGUAACAUCUGAAACAACGGCGAUUCUCACCGUCCGCCAAUUCCUACUGGAUCUGUUUGUGAGGCAAAUUUCGUGGUAGAUUACGGACAGCAGGAAUCGCGAGAACUCACAAGAAUGUGCGGAUUCACAUAGGCUAACCAUAUAAGCAGUAGACUGUGUCCUUCCAGAGGAGGAAAUUUACUGCUAGACUUCUAAAAUCAGCAUCUCCUCAUCCAUGGUGUUAUCGGAGUGAAAUGCUGUCUAAAAACCUUUCACUUGUUCGUCUCCACCCAUUUGCAUGGUGUGAAUUACAAUCCGCCUAAAACAUUCCAGCACGGGUUAAUCGAUGUGAAUUUAUCCGUCAUGCUUCUGUGUCUGGAAAAAAUAGAACUUGUGCGAUCAGCUGCAGAGUCCGGUGAUCCAAAGCAGAACGGAAAGAAGCCGGUUGACACAUUAACUUGAAAGGUUAUGAUCAGCUGCGAUCAGCAGAUAUGGCCUUUUCAUAGCCAUUCCAGAUGCGGUGGAAAUUGGGGGUAAAUGCUUAAGUCGUGUCUUUUAACAAAAAAAAAAAAAAAACUUGACUUCCGGCAGUCAAAUGUUCCAUUAUUGUGAAUAUUUUAGGCGGUAAAGAUAUAUAUAUAUUUUUUUCCUUGUUGUGACAGUUUCAAGCAUUAAAAAUUAAAACAUACCAGUUGUUUUUGAUGGUUUUGUUUGCCUGUAGACAUCAUGAAAAUGCAUUUCAUAAACGUCAUAAAAUUCCCAACAAAUAAGAACUUCCUACAUUAACAAGUUGCCAAAACACCUGCGACAAGUUGCAUGCUGUCUCCAUCUACACCUUGGAAAUCAGCUGCACAUCACGUCAUCAUCAGUGCAACAUCCAUUUUGUCACCCUGGUGCAAACUUAAGUGCUAAACUUGCAGACUGCUUGAUUACCCCGCUUUCAGAGUUCACAUUGUGUUCAUUGUCGGUGUAUUGUCUGUCUGUGUGUGUGAAGCAUGGUUGUUUUGGUUCAUUGAAAUACUUUGUUGAUUGAGCGUGUCCCUCAGAUGAGCAGGACACCCUCCGGGUCCUCUUCUGCUGCACUCGGUGCAUGUAUGGACACAGACACACUCCCAUCACAGUGCCUGCCCUUGUCUGACUUUUAGAUUUUGCACCGACUCACAGACCCUGAACUUAACACAUAUCCAACAACACAUAAGAACAACCAGCACCACCAGGUGUUUCCCCUCUGACUUCGUUCUUUCUGCCUCUGAGUGUGUGUCUCGCCACAACUCUAAUCGGACAACCUUCAAAUCCUUACCAAUUCUUAGGAAGCCCGUCGGAUUCCCUGGAGCCAAUGAGAUGCCAGCGAGGCAGAUGGACAUGAGAGAGCCCCAAUCAGAUCCCACGCUCGGAUCAAAGUAGGAGUUUAUUCUGCUGCAUGUCCAUUUUCUUACGUUUGAUGACUCAGGCCUUUUUAGCCUUCUCACCUGAGACCAGCACUCCCUGAAUGAGAUGUUUUUGGCCAACUUUUCAUCCAGGCCUAAAAGUCGACCCCUUAGUUGUAGUUGUGCAUGCUUUGGACUGGAGCAUGGCAUGAUGGGAUCCGUUAUUUUGAGCUAGAACGGAAAGAUAAAGUAGAAUUCAGUCUGGAGGUCUUAUAAAAACCCUUUGAAAUGGCAGAUUGUUGUGAUGCAGGUUUGUUUUCUUUCCUUUGCAAUGCACCCCCGGAUCUUUUUUGAAUUCUCCUUGCAGCAGGCUUGUUUCAGUAUUUGGCAUGCUGAUGUAACACACUGCUAUACAGAGCAUGCAGUGUGCUGUGACAGGAAAUUUCUCUAUACUAAAAAAAAUAAUAGCCUCUGUACGAACAAACCUAAAGACAGUUUCUUCUUAUGAACAAAGAUUGAUGAUAUGACCGCACAGGGUAUAUCAUGAGAUGGCAGGAAGGAAACAGGCUGUCAGCGAUGAUCAUGACUGAUCAUAGAAUGAUAUUUUUGUAUCCACCUUUAUGUUAAUGCUGCAACAAAAAUGUGAAUUUGUCUAAAAAAAUCAGACAGACCUACAUCAGGAUGGCCAAAUAUUUAAAACAAGAAUUAAAACCAGCCCACGAAAAAUGGCCUUUCUCUUAAACGAAUCAUCUUACAUUUCAGCAAAUGCCAAGCGUCAAUUAAAAGAUCAUUUAAGUCUCACACCAGGAUGUGAAAUGGAAAACCAGCAGCCAGUUUACUAGAAACAGCUAACCUAGCUACAUUCUAAGGUAUCACUGGCUCCUCUAAACCUUAUUUGCUAUAUUUUCAGUUCAAGUUAAAGGGAUAUUCCGGCGUAAAAUUAACUUGGGCUCAAACAUACAGUAACACUGAGUUAGACAUCCCCUCAAGAGAUGAAUGUUGCUGACUGCUUGCUUCUCUAGUUAUACCAACUUUAGUAACGACCGCACAAUAGCAAUACAGAGAGCCACACGCUCAACCAAAACGCCACUCUAUAGCCACAAAUAAUGCUCAGAACAGCAUCUAACUUCAUCAACAGUACAUAUAGGGUCCCACCCAUAGUGCUAGCCAUCAAACAUCUUUUUAACUUUGCCUAAUUUUCUUAGCAAAGAGACUAAACACAACUCACCUACUUUCUUCCAGCAGCCGCUUGUUUGUAGUGAGACCUCGAGCCAGUCCAUUACAGACUACUGCGGGGUGACACUGUAAGAACAUUUAUGAUCAUUUCUUCAUGGAAAUACAAUCAGACCGAGACACUAAGGCAGAACUACUGUGACUGAAGUGCAAAAUGAUGAAUUGGUGAUUAUUACUUCAAGGAAAUGAUAAAGAAAUGAUCAUAAAUGUUCCUCCCUGAGCUGCAUCACAGUCCGUAAUAGACUGGCCUGAGGUCUCAAUACAAACAAGCGGCUGCUGGAAGAGAGUAGGUGAGUUGUGUUUAGUCUCUUUGCUAAAGAAAUUAGGCAAAGUUAAAAAGAUGCUUGUUGGCUAGUACUAUAGUUAGGACCCUAUAUGUCCUGUUGAUGAAGUUAGGUGCUGUUCUGAGCAUUAUUUGUGGCUAUAGAGUGGUGUUUUAGUUGAGGUUUGAGUGUGACUCCUCAGACCGCUCUGUAUUGCUAUCGUGUGGUUGUUACUAAAGUUGGUAUAACUAGAGAAGUAAGCGGUCGGCGACAUUCAUCUCUCGACGGGGUGUCUAAUUCGGUGUUACGGUGUGUUUGACCCUAAAUUAAUUUUACGCCAGAAUAUCCCUUUAAGUGUGGCAUCAAUGUUCUUACUUUACUCCGGGCCAAAAGACUUGAUAAAAGCGAUAAUGUAAGUAGAUUGUGUGUUCAUGAAGCUGAUUAAAAGAAUAAACGUCCUAUAACAGGAGCUGAGCUGUGUCAGGAGGAUGUAACAUCCUUUAGGCGAGAUAGCUUUAUGUUUACUGAGAAAAAUGAUUUAAUAACUCUUGAAGAGGCUUAUCUGUCUGAUUACAAAUACUAACCUGGGACACAGCAGUACAUUAGCCAAUAGCAGCGUUGAAGAUUCCCAUGAUAAGUGAGACGUUUCAUGAAACCUAAACAGAAAAAGGAGCUCUGGGGGAUUUUUUUCUUUCCAUAUCAACCAGGAAAAAAAGUUCUGACAAAAGUCACAACUUGGCAAAGGUUCUUUGUAGUUCUUUGAGUCCGUCCUUGGUAAGUAUUAGCACGCACUUUUGGUAAACAGAAGUUGUUCUCACACAGCAGGAAAUGCCAAGAAUUCAUGAAUGAAAAUAUCAACACACACAUUCAUACGUUCUCCUUGACGACUGCAUUCCUAAAAGCUCUUGAACACACAUCCUGUCACCGUCCCACUCCUGCUGCACCGACCCCACUGAAUCUACAGAGUGUGUGUGUAUGUGUGUGUGUUUGAGUGAGUGUGAGUGGGUGUGGUUGUGUGUUUGUGUCUGUGCAGCCAAUACAUGUCAAGCGAGAGAUGUGUGAUGUGACACUUUUUUGGCUGAUAGAGGCUCCAACUCUCCAGGUGGACCGCUGCAUUACACACAAACACGCCGGCACCGCACACACACACACACAGACACAUGCACAUACUCACACAGACACACACACACAGCUGGGAUGCUGGGGUGCUGGAUAUGGCCCAGCAUUUUAGCAGAUGGCCUGGGUGCUACGCUAUCAGUCACCAUAGUAACAUGCUCUCUUUUUCCUCUUUCUCUCUGUCUUUCUCUCCCUCUCUCUAGUGCUAAGAGAAGGAAAAUGGCAGACAAGAUUCUUCCGCAAAGGGUGAGGCUGCAUAUUUUUACCUUUGUUGCUCUGUUAUAUUUUUUUUCCUUCUGUGUGUUUGUGUGUGUGUUAUCUUUUGUGCGCAGCAGAGAAAAAUCCUUUUUGAUGUCAGGGGUUCUUGGAAGGCGCAGAGGGCCAGAUGAUUAUGUGUUAUUUCCAAAUGAGAAGAGAGAGAGGAUGGGGCAGCGAUCAGGAGGUUUUAGGGGGUUUUCUGCAGGGUUUCACUCUGUUAUUUGGACGCUGGCUCAUUGAUUUAAAUUGGAAUAGUCCGCGGGAUAUGGCAGAGUCGUGAACACAAGUAGAACCGAAAGAGGCGGCGGAAUCGCAGCGUCCACAGGUGAGUCCGCGCCGCCUGAGGUUGUGAUUUUCAUCCCGCGGUCUCCGAUUUUUCGGCCCUGUGCCACAACAUCGCCCCAACAUUUCCUGGCCGGAACACAGAGGGCUUUUAGACCGAGGCUGGAGAGGUCUGGAGACAGUGAGGGUCUUGGCUCAGGUCUUAUCCCCCCUAUCAUAACCCAGACACAGAGAUAGCAGUAGGCACGGCUGGGGCGCCACUCCACUGUAAUGAGUCAGGGACAGGGAAUGUCUGCCACACUCGUCGGUCUGUCUGCUCAGCACCUCAGCCUGGUGAAAGGCAGCAAGAUGGAGAUAGAGGAGGAAUGAGAGGGAACAAUGAAGGCAGCCAUUUAGACAGAAACAUGAAAGAGGAGAAGAGGGAGGGAGGAGAAGGAGCGAGCUGGAGGAGAGGAGAGUGUGUGUGCACAGUUUGGUAAGUAAGCAGCAGCCCUUGAUGCUCUGAGGACUUUCAUCGGUAUGGUAAUGCUGGAGUCCUGGCUGGUUGGCUGCACACUUUGCAUCUCAUUUUUAUUCCCCAGUGUCGCCGGGAUGGUGUAAAAUGCUGAAUUAAUGGUGGACUGGGCAGCUGCAGAGAGACUUUUCUACUUCUGUCAGGUUCUACUUUUGCUUCUGAGAAACAGCUUUGGCAGAAAAACAAACACAAAAACGUGACUGAUUUCACUUCUUACCCUGUAGAGAUAAUAUUUUAUUUUAAUGACCAAACAUUAAGAUCUUUUUCCACCGCUUUUCAAUCCUGUACAGCCAAAGUUUCUUUAAACUUCAUUUCAAAUUCUGGUGGAGACCCCAGCCUUUCUUUGAAAACUGAUUUAUGUGUCCCACUGAAUUCUGGAUGAUAAAUAAUUCUCCAAGAGUCAAGAAAUUACCAUUUGAUAAACGCCGCAGCCUAAGAAUACCAAGUUUGACGGUCUCACAUUGUCAUCGAAAACCUUGAUAUGCUGUAUGUGUGGAUACUUUCUCCAACUAAAAGCUUUGAAAAGGAGAAAAAAAAGGAGCAGUCUGACAUUUUCAGAAGUAAAUGAUAAAAUAUCUUGAAGAAUUUGAUGAGACAGUAAUAUCACUGUCAUAUAUGAAGUGCUGGUGCCAGAUUCACUGUAAAAACUCAAACUUCAGUGAAUGUAUUUAUCUAAUUUAGAUUUUUUUGCAAUGUAAAUAAGGUUGCACAUCCUACCCCUAAAACUGUUUUUAAUAAUUUAAAUAUCUUAGAUUUUAUAUGCAUCAACAACAUGUGUUGUUGGUUCUACUUUUGCUUCUGAGAAACAGCUUUGGCAGAAAAACAAACAAACAAACAAACGUGACUGAUUUCACUUUUUAUCCUGUAGAGAUAAUGUUUUGUUUUUAAUGACCAAACAUUAAGAUCUUUUUCCACCACUUUUCAAACAUGUGCAGCUGAAGUUUCUUUAAACUUUAUUUCAAAUUCUGGUGGAGACCCCAUGAAAUAGCUUAAAGAAUUUGAUGAGACAGUAAUUUCACUGUCGUAUAUGAAGUGCUGGUGCCAGAUUCACUGAUAAAACUCAAACUUUAGUGGGUGUAUGUAUCUAAUUUAAAUUUUUUGCAAUGUAAAUAAGCUUGCACAUCAUACCCCUAAAACUGUGAUUAAUAAUUUAAGUAUCUUAGAUUUUAUGUGCAUCAACAAAUGUGUUGAUUGUGAAAUUGUUGUGAUAAUAUCGUGAGUUUAUAAGGGACUGGCUCACAAAGGAAUAAAAGUAGUGUUUAAGUUCUUGUCUAAUUCAAACUAACCUAAAAAGAAAUGGACUUGUAAACACUUGUGAACACUUGAACUGUUCCUUUUUUUGUCAUGAGUAUUUUUUUUACUUUUUUUUUGUGUGAAGCUCUCUGUAUUGCUCGCCUUGUAUUUUUGUUAUUCAGUAUUUUACACCCCUCCUUGGAAAGACACUCUUUAUUACAGAGCCGAAGUCGCUGUCCUUGAAGCAGCCAUUGAACCCCCUGCAGCACCACGACUGAAUGUUCAGCUAAUCUGCUUCACUGAUACUCAGAAAGUCCUCGUGAGAGGAACGUCACUAAUAAAUUUUGUGGUUUUUAAAUGUCCCAGUCAUACUGAUGUUAAGAUUUUAAUGUCCCCCCCGCUCCGAGCAGAUCCGUGAGCUGGUCCCUGAGUCACAGGCCUACAUGGAUCUGCUGGCGUUUGAGCGCAAACUGGACCAGACCAUCAUGCGCAAGCGUGUAGACAUCCAGGAGGCGCUGAAGAGACCGAUGAAGGUGAGGAAAAGAGAACAAUAACAAUAAGAAGUCCUCAUAGUUUCUGUUUUUUACUUGAUUUUUCUUGAUUUGGUGAAGGACGAGCAUGUUGUUUGGAGAAAUUUUUGCACCUUAAGAGUUUGAGAUGUUUUAAUCAAUCAAGUGUGUCCUUACCUGCCUUUUUAUUAUUUCUUUUUUUAUCUAAAUACAAAAAAGACCAGUUUAAAGACAUAAUAUUUAAACUCCUCAUCUUGACAUUGAAUGAAUGUACAUUUAAACUGGGAUAUUUUAUGUCCCCUUGUGUCAGCAGCAAAAGCGUAAACUGAGGCUUUACAUCUCGAACACCUUCAACCCUGCCAGACCCGACGCCGAUGACUCAGAUGGCAGUAUUGCAUCGUGGGAACUGCGAGUAGAGGGGAAGCUGCUGGAUGACGUAAGUUUUCUGCAUGUAAAAUAUUUAGCACUUUCACACUGGGUUACAUUCUCAAUUUGGAAAAUAAGAUGCAGCCCCCGAGAAGCUGCAGGGUGAAGCAUUUUAUCAUUUCUGGGAGGUAACUUCACAGAGCGUCAGAAAAAAAGAAACAGAGAUCACAAUCCUCCGUUUUAGUAAGAAAGUGUGCUGCUGGGGGUCAUUUUUAGCUACACUCCAUAAUGAUUUACUCAAUCUACAUGGACUAAAAGGCCACUGAAUGGAGAGAGUGUGAACACAGAAUAAUGCGAAGAAAAAUCUUACAUUUGUUUUGCUCUCUAAGCCUUUAAAAAGCUCUGAUGUUCUCAGCAGUCUGGGGGCAAGGCCGUCAUUUCACAGCGGUAGGAAGCAUUUAAGUUUUUCACAAACCACAAAUAUUUCUGGUCGAGCUCACAGGAAGUGGACCCUGAGAAUGUCUACUGUCUCUCUUUCUUUCUGAUCUCUCUCAGCCUCUUGUGGGUUUGUCAUAAUUCACCAUGCAUUAAGCAAAGACGUGGCAAUGACUGUUUACUUUAACAUUUCUACCUGUUUGACUCGUGUCAGCGUUCAGGCAUUCACCGCCUCCCUCUGUCUCCUUUCACAGCCGGGGAAGCAGAAGAAGAAGUUCUCCUCGUUUUUUAAGAGCCUGGUGAUCGAGCUGGACAAAGAUCUCUACGGCCCCGACAACCACCUGGUUGAGGUCAGUUCAGACAUGGCGGCUGCUUCCUGUUCACAGAAGUAGAGGCAUGUUUAUAAUCUUCAUGAUGUGGUCAACCUUCAGCCUCUCAUAUACAGAGUGACCACAGACUCUUUCAGAGAUGUUUGGUGAUCAGCCUUUUUGAGAUGAUCAGUUGCUCUGCUUGCAAAUUUCUGCACUUAUUGUCGUAAUAUUAACUCCUGAAAUAAAUUUGAAGCUAACUGCAAUUUAGCUAAAAACUGAAUACAAACUGAACUCAACCUCUAAAUGAUACAAAACAGUAUUUUUUGAGUUGUAGAUGCUCACUUUGGACUUUCAGGCUUCAGGUGGAACCUCAGGAGAUUACUAGUUUGUGGCUUUGCAGCUUAUCAAAAUUUUAUUUUAUUUUUUUUAUUUUUUUUUUAUUUAUUAAACUUAACAUAUAUUUAAAGUUUAAAUCAUUUAAACCUAUGUACAGGUUUCAGGUGUCAGAUACGAUAUUUAAAAGUGUGAGCUUAAGAUUUUUCUUUAGCCGAGUUUGCAGUUUCCUGUCCCUGCUUGUGGCUAAAGUCGCUUCAUAUUCUAAAACAUGAGCUGUUUUUCAGCUGCUUUGCUGACACCUACCCCCUACCACUUUAACGCAUUAAAAAAUACCACACAAAAAUCAUGAAUCUUGUUCCUAAUGGGUUUUUCUGCUUUUUCUGUUUUUUCAUUUAUCAUUAAAAUGCAUCCAUGUGAAUUUUAGUGUAUUUAAUUAAAAUAAAGAAAACUCUUUACAGUAGCUUUAAGUAAAAAGUACCACAACUUUUCUCAAAUGUAAACAUUGAAUAAAUCAGCGUGAGAACCACAGACUGUAUAUAGAAUUGAUGCUGUCUGCCUCCUCGCUGGGUGAAGCCACAGUGAGAACAGCACCCUCUGGUGACAGGCUGCAGUAUAGGUCAUAAAUCCUGCCUCCUCCAGCAAUCUCUAUGGAGCUGUGGACAAACUUUAGAAAUUUAUUACACAGAAUAUUAAUGUUUCUCCCCCUGGUUUCGGUGUUGACGUGUAGUUAUUGUAAGACUGGUUUGUGCUCAAGUCCUCUUUUUUCUGUACAGCUCCAUUUUUAAAGGUUAUUAGGGGGUUCAUGUUUUUUUUGAUUGACACUUGAAACAGCCUAUGGGCGUAAGAAGAUAGUUCACCUGGGGGAUAUGCUGUUUGAGCAGAGCGUCAUCAAAGCGACUUUCGGCGACUUUCCUGCCAAAUGCGUACAACGCUACUGCGCAGGAAAUGGGGAUAAAUCGCAGAAAUACCGAGAGCUUUUCGGCUUCAAUUGUUAUACUGGCGGAAGGUAGAACCAAGUUGUCCAUAGUAUAUACAGUCUAUGGUGAGAACCAACUGCUGCGACAUAAAGUCUGUGAUAUUAUUUCAAAUGUUAUUCUGUUCUCAGUCAGCAGGGGGAGCUCUGAAAGUUCUGGCUUCAGUCGUGAUCGCUGUUGUUUGGUCCAUCUUUAUAUACAGUCAUACAGUCACUGCUUAAAGCCUGCAGCCAUCAUAGGUGUUUUUAGUGAUGUUACCUGAUGAUACCUUUUCCUAUAGAAUACAUCGUUGAGUUUUUGACUGCUUGGUUUCUCUGUGAAAAGCAGAGCUCCUUAUUGAAUGUUUUUUUUUUUUUUUUCAUUAGUCCAUUAUUGAAACCCUCACAUUUGGACAACCCGCGUGUUGGUCACUUUCUUUUCAGAUCACAUCCAUUAACUGAAUGCAGCUUUGGUGUUUUGCAUACUUUGUGAAUAGGACUGCCAGACUGAGGAGUCAGGGUCGGGGCGGCCUCCUCAUCAUGCAAAAGAAAAGCAUUCAGAUAAAAUUGUUACUUUGUGAAACCUUGUUAAUUCUUCAGCUACAGCCACCCCAACUAACCUGCUCCCUUUUUGCAUGCCUAAUGGAUUAAUACAAAAUAAAGCACACUGAGUGAUUGGACUGCCCUCUCUCAUUCCUGCUAAAUUGAUUUAUAUAAAGGAUUGGGAUUUUUAUUUUUUAUUUCCAACAUUGCAAGGUUGUUUUAACAUGCAGCUCUGAGCACUGAAGAAAACAAGUGCUUACUUAUUAAAAAAAAAAAAACAACAUUAGUCACCCCUUUCUUUGUAUCCUCACAAAAUGUACUGACUUUAAAAAGCCACUCCAAGAGUGAAAUUUAUGACUUCUCAAGGUUCCUCCUUUUUAAGAGGGUAUUUUAGCAAGGCACUCAGGUGCUUCGUUCUGAAUGAGUUUCCAUCAAAAGAAAUUUCUCUCUACCUUGAGGUACAAUCAGCGCUUAAUCUGUUCCGAGUCCGCCAUUGGUUGGAGGGAAACAUUACUCCAGAUUGCGUGCCAGUUUAGCGCAAUUGACGGUGGCAAAGAUAGUGCUUCAAGUGCUUUUCUUUCCUGUGUCUGAGCGGUUAGAAAAAUAGAUUUAAAUAACAUUUUCUCUGCAUUUUUAAACUUAGAGGCGCUGAUACAUGUAAAUACAGAAUCUUCCAGCAAAAGUUGUUUUUUAGUUUUAGUUUAGUUUCUCUGCUGAUAACACUCAGCUGCACAGACACAUGGUUAACCUUUUGUUUAUGGGCGGCUAGUUUGAGGAUGUUGAGGAGACCAGGACAACUAUCAGCAGACUUGCUGAGAAUUGGAGAUGAUGAAGCUAAUUUAGCUGCUCUCUGUUUGCCAAGAGGUUGUUAAAGUGUGUUGACAAAGUGUACCUUCAUUACAAAGCCUAAUUUUGUUACCAAAACACGAGGAGUACUAAACACUCUCAAGUUUUUGUUUAUAUCUAUAUUUAAUUUGACAUUUUAGCAUACUUUGGUGUUAUUUAAAACGAGUUUAAUGUUUAUGUGAAUGAUCCUAGUCUAGUUGUAGACACUAUCUACCAUUUUGGUUAACACAGUGGUUCACUAACUAAAGGUUGGGGUUUGUCACAUGUGAUAACAAUCGAGCUAAAGGUCUCCAGUGUUGAUAGGCUGUCAUGCUAACCUGCAUCUGUGAUUAUUGUGAUAAUAUUAGAGUUUUUUCAGCAGAUUUCAUAGUGCUUUAUGUGAUUCAAUAAAUUAGGGUUAUUUUUAUCGCUUGCGUGUACAGAUAAUAAUGUAGUAUCAGUGGCUCUAUCUUUGAAAAUUUUGUUCAAAUCUGUUUUUGAUACAUUUUCGUCUGAACCAGAACUGCGGAUUGUCUGACCAGCUGACACUGCGAGUCCUCUUGCCACGUUGCCACUUUGGUUAAUUUGCAGCAUCAGUGAUGUGGGUGCUGUUUAACCGCAUUUGAGUCACUCACUGGAAACAUAAGUAAAUAACCUCAAAAUUGUCAUUCCUAUGUUGUUAGAAACUGGUUGGUUUGGCAGAAAUGAGACAUCAACUUUUUCCAGUUUGGCCUGCCCACGUUAAACCGGCGUGAACAGCACAAGAAAAAUUAAGAUUCAAAAAUCUCCCGUGUUGGUAUUAUUUAAAAUGUUCUAACUUUAGCAGCAAAAAUGCGUGUCCUUGUAAAGUCCCAUAGCUCUUAACGAGAAGCUGAAUGAGAAAAAACAGGUUUUCACAGCUUUUAAAGCAGGAAUUAAUUCUCAUUUACAAAGUGUGAAACAAACAGAAACUGAAGUGUGAAACUAACGGUCUGAAUAAAGCGGCUCAUUUGCGACAUGUAGUCACUGUGUUGUGGUUUUUCUCUUCCAGUGGCACCGCACGCCCACCACCCAGGAGACAGACGGCUUCCAGGUGAAAAGGCCGGGAGACGUCAGCGUGCGCUGUACUCUGCUGCUGAUGCUGGACUACCAGGUGAGGACACCAAGUCUCAUAACGGCUCACAACUCCAUCCCGAAAUAGACUCUCCUCUGUUACAACUCUGUGACUAAUCCGUCCCGUGAAAUCAGCUGUUGUAGAGACAUCCUUCAGGCCUCAAAUCGAUGAUAACACCAGUCUACAAAAACAUUACAGAGUGCUUUUACAGUCUCCAUUCAAAGCUGACAUCACUCUCUAAGCCGCAGGAAUAAGAUAAGGAAGUCAGAUAUGAUGUAAAAGCUGGGAGGUAGGCGGCUGUAGAGAAGUGUUGUAAUGUGAUUAUAUCGUCUCUGCAGCCCCCCCAGUUUAAGCUGGACCCUCGCCUGGCUCGGCUGCUUGGCAUUCACACACAGACUCGCUCCUGCAUCAUCCAGGCCCUCUGGCAGUACGUCAAGACCAACAAGCUGCAGGACUCCCAUGACAAGGAGUACAUCAACUGUGACAAGUACUUCCAACAGGUACGAGGCUCUCUGCGUGCUGUAGAUCACAUCUGCUGUUCUGGAUUGGUGUCUACAGCAAAAUCGAUGCAUCCUUUUAAAGUAUUGAACCAUAGCUAUCAGUGCAUCAGUUAAUUAUCCUGCCUGCGAGCAAAGAUGUAAUUUUUACCCUCCUUACAGAUCUUUGAUUGCCCUCGGCUGAAGUUUUCAGAGAUCCCUCAACGCCUCACCAACCUCCUUUUACCCCCUGACCCCAUCGUCAUCAACCACGUCAUCAGGUAGGUUCCUCUUCACUGAUACAAAUCUUAUGUCGGAUGGAGUAGGAGCUGAAGAAACAGCCCCGUUGUUACUGUUUCUACUUGAAAUAUUCACAAUAAAUAACAAUAAAUGUAAAUGUAAAAUGUAUAUGUUCUUUAUUUAUACAGCCCUUUACAACAAUCCUUUCGGUGAAACAAACUGCUUUACAAUACAUGGUAAAAAUGAAUAAAUAAAUAAAAGAAACAAUGCGAUAAAAUAAAGUGUCACCAUGCAACUGGGUAUUAAAAGCCAGCAUAAAUAAAUACAUUUUCAAUCGAGAUUUAAAAAGGCCCAGGUCGGAUAUAAGUCUCAUUUCGGUAAUACAUUUGGCUGACACUACUUUGGCACAAGAUUAGCAAAGACUGCUUUGUCCACAGGGGGCGCCAAAUUGAGACAAGCUGAAAGUUCCUAACAGGAGCUCUAAUAUUAAGGCUCCUGUGAGAAAUAAAUAAAGAAUAAAGAGAUAAAUAAGAAUUGUUUUGUGUCUCUCGGCGAGACAAUUAAAUCUGCCAAUUUUAGCCCAUUUGAGACUAAUCGGUAAUCGGCCAAAACUCGCCGAUUUUCGCCGAUUUUUUCAGAAAUGAAAUGCGGAGAAUAAGAUUCUGUUUCACUUGAAACUUAAUUUGAAACGUUCCCCGACUUAUCCUGUAGAUGGCGCAGCAACCUCAUGACAAUCUUCAUCCACUAACUAGCUCGCUUUUCUGGUCUGAGUUUGAUCAGUCGGUCUUCCUGUGGGCGUGAAGAGCAGUAGCCUACAGUAUAUCUACAGUAUAUAGUAUACUGUAGAUAUAUACAGUCCAUAUCGGUCGGGCCCUACUGAGUAUAUACACCAACCCUUGAAGACUAGCGAAGGCUCGUCAUCAAGUCAUAACUCAUUUUCUUGCUUGUGUAUUUUUGGUCCUUCAGUGUGGAUCCAAACGAUCAGAAGAAAACAGCGUGCUACGACAUCGACGUGGAGGUGGAGGACCCCCUGAAGAGCCAGAUGAGCAGCUUCCUCCUCUCCACCGCCAACCAGCAAGAAAUCGCCUCGCUGGACAACAAGGUGAGAUCACAACAACAUCGCAGAUGACGCUGAUUCAACCCGACUACUUUAACUUUCGAACUGUAAAUCACGCUGAGGCGAUAAGAAAGCCUUGUUUGAUUUUAACAAGAAAUGUUGUUUAAGACGCAGUUUGGUUGUUGUGGAUUUCACACCUUGCUGUUCUGUUUGUUUGGGAUAAAAAUUUAUUCAGUGUAGGCAUUAGGAGUUUUAAACAGACAUUUUUGUGAAGAAGAGGUUACCGUGGGUGAGCAGGAUGAAAAAGCUGUUGCAAAAACACGUGUCCUGCUGCUUUAAUUAAUUGAGUAUACACUGAUUUCUUGAUUAUUUCUUGGACAUUUUAUACUCAUUUUAUAUUUGCAUGAUCUGUUUCAGUACGUUUUAGUCAUUUAUCAUAUAAUAUUUGAGGGUUAGAUAGGCACAACUCUCUCCUAAGCCCUCUCCAUGCUAGCUAAAGGCACAAUCUUGAUGUCUCAGAGGUUUGAUGGUUGGACCAUGUCGUACCACCACUGUGCCAGUAUCUGAGGUAGGAACAGAUUUGUUACAGAGGCCAGACAGGAUCACUGCGACAGUGUGUGUUUGUAAACAUGAGCCCCCCACUAUGUGUUCACCUUGUGCUUCGAUGUGAAAUGAUGCACCGGGACACCAAUAUUACACAGGAUCACUAUGGAAGCGGGAUGAUGGCAAAGCUGCAUUAUAGCGCUGUCGCAGACUUGUAUUAUGAAAAGAACUAAAGAGAAAAAAAACAGCGUCAGAUCCUCUCAUAUUCUGUAAAGUAAGCUGCGUAUCCAUGAAAACCUUUAUAUAUUUACAUCCAUUGAUUUAUAAAUCUCUGGGGAGCUGUUUUUUUUAUUCGUCUGCAUGAUUGUUCAGCUGUGAGAUUCCUGCUUUUUUCCUCGGUCCGCAUUAUGUCCUGUUCUCUCUUUUUCAGAUCCAUGAGACCAUAGAGUCCAUCAACCAGCUGAAGAUCCAGAGGGACUUCAUGCUCAGUUUCUCCAGAGAUCCCAAAGGCUACAUCCAGGACUGGCUCAAAUCCCAGAGCCGAGACCUCAAGGUUCUUCACUUCUAUUAAUAUACGAACACACACACACACUCUCACGUAGCUGCUUUAUUUCUAUUGUGCUCUUCAAGGUGGAGCUAGAAAAUCAAACUCUAAAGAUCCUCCAUCUGUGUAACUUCUUAAAAGCUAGUAGAGGUGCAUUAAUUUUGAGUAGAGUCAGGAAACCAACAUGUACAUUCAAAUCAGGCUUUUCAGGAGUUAUCAAGUGCAGCUAGUGACCCCUAGUGGCUGAAAAUGUCUGUUCAAGCUGAAAUUUAUAAAUAUUACAUUUAGACAUGAGUGAACUGAUUUUAAUGAUAGACUCAACUUUUGGUAAACAGUGUCAGUUGUGCAUCUGAAGCAGAUAUUAGACCGGUCCCUAAAGACUGGAGCUAAAUCUUGUGAAGACUGCGCAGGUAUAAUAGAAAGAUUACCACAUCUGUUCAAAGGAGAAUGUUGUGACUUAAUUUCACCUGCCUAAAUUAUCCAAAGAACCACUGAGGUGUAAGAUAGCCAGUAGUACAGUUGACGCAUCUUCCAUGUCUAUUGUUUCCCACGUGUAAAUGAAACAGUUUGUACAAGUGACAUUUUCCCAGUUUAUUCUUAUUUUGUCAAAGAAACCAAAUGAAAAAUAAAGACAAAGCAAAUUCCAACAAUUGUCAUUUUUUCCUUACUGAACUUUAUUUUCAUUGGUUGCAGUUAAUGACGGACGUCGUGGGGAACCCUGAAGAGGAGAGGAGGGCCGCAUUUUACCACCAGCCUUGGUCCCAGGAGGCUGUCAGCCGCUAUUUCUACUGCAAGGUGAGAGGGAAAAAAAACCCUGUCUAAUUAUCUUUACCCUCACCUUAAGUGAACCCUCGAGCUUUAAUGAUGUUCAAUCAUUUUUUUUCUUCUUUCUACUUCUUCUCUUCCCACAGAUCCAGCAGAGGAGACAGGAGCUGGAACAGGCCUUAGCUGUCCGUAACACCUAAAUCAAGGCCUCCCUAAAACUCCACAAUUCAAAGCUGAGUGUUUGUUUUUGGAUGUGUGUGAGGCCUUCGCUGUUACACCUCUAAAAGGAUGGCUGUUAAAAAAGUAACAUUAAUCUUUCAGAGGUUUCUCAGUGUUCGGAAAAUAGAGGAUUUCAUCGCGAUUGCAGCCACAUCUAUGUAUGUUCGGAAGCUGGAUCUUGAUGCACAUUUGUUCCGUUUUUUUGUUUGUUUUUUUUGUGCAGGACAUCUUCAGAAAAACUCAUUAACAGCAUGUAUUAAAUGCACUAAGACCACAAGCAUCCUCAGAACAAAAAACUCUCUCUCUCCAUCGCCUCUCUGUUUUUGUAAAUACAUCACGGAUUCAUGUCAAGAUGAACUCUGAGCCAGCCGCUCACUCACACACACUGCUGUUUUAGCGAGAUCUGCUACUGCGCCGGAUUGAACUGUACAUGAUGAAACCUGACGUCAAGGUCCAUCAACACAGUACUCUGGAGGAGUCUGCAUUUUUUAUGUUUUCGACUGUUUUUUUUUUUGUGUGUUUUUUUGGGGGGGUUAGGUGUGAUCAAGUAUUAGUGUGUUUUCAUUUAUUCUCAGAUUGAUUAAUUACACCAGCAAAGUCCAGAUUAAGUGGGACACAUUAGAUUAAAGGAAAAGAUAUGAAUUAAAUUCAUUUGCAGUUUUGAUCUUUGAGUGGAUCUAAUUUAUGUUGCAUUCGCUAGUAAACAGUCUGCAUCAGUAUUAGUGACAUUAACCAAAAUAUUAUCUUAUUAACAGCAUCAUGUCUGUUUAUAGUGUUAAAUUAAAGAUAAAUCAGUAUUGAUAAAAAAAUAAUAAUAACACUGAUAAUAGCUUUUUCUUCCCUCUAUCAUAGCAACAUGAAAAUAAGCCUAUGAUACAUGUUGGAACUUGUUUGUGUGUACUAUUUUGCCAGCUAAUGUCUUGAAGGUGUUACCAAAGGUCGCAACAAGAAAAAGAGAACAUGAUCACUGAAAUGCAGAAGAGACGGGCAAAAUAAUCCUCAUUUGGGUUUGGAGGAAAGUGCAAAAGAAUCCUUGUUCAAAUCCAAACCAUACUCUUCAUGGCAAAUUAGGCCUGAAGUUUUUGUAAACAAACUUCAAACCUGCUGUUGAAUCGUUCCCUCAAGCCCAGGUGUGGAGAUUUUUGUCCAUUUCUACUCUUUUUAUGUUACAUGAAGAAGAAAAAUGCAGUUUUUUUUUUUCUAGAGAUGUGAAUGUAAAUACGUUUUUUUCCCCCUUUUAGAGGGCCAACUGUACAGUAUACGACAGACUAUCUGUGUGUUUGUUUUGGGGGUGUAUGGGUCGGGUGGGAGGGGGGUGUGUGAGUAACACGGUGCGGUAUGGGAGCUCCAUGCGUUUUGCAUUAGUAGGGCAGGAAUGUUAGCAUUCCUCUGUGUGCUAUCUCGGGUCGGGUUGGUUUAUUUUAGGUCCAUCCCGUAGCUAUCGUGGGAGCUGGAUGCUGCAACAAAGAAAAGAUUUUCAAUCUCAGUAGCUGUAACACAUCAAAUAAUCUGCAUCCAUCUUUUUAGUGAGCUGUAUGUAUAUGUUGUAAUGUCAGAUGGAGGAUUUUUUUAUUUCAACAGGCAGAUUUUGGGUUUUCUUUGAACUGUGCUGUAGUUCUUUGUUGGGAUUAUCUUUGUUUUGAUUGGGUGAGACCCUCUUUACUAUCCCAGCAUACACAGAAAGUGAUUGGAUGAUUUCACGAUGACCUAUGCAUGCUCCAUGGACAGUGAUUACUACAUCUAAAGAGACAGUGUGUGUACAUAUACAAAAAGCAGGCAUAUUUGUCUCUGUGACGAGCAAAAGACUCAUCGAGAUGCCUUCUGGAAACUUUUUUGCCAAAAAUGAUAUGCCCUACCAGCAACUAACUGUAGGUGUGAUUUUUCUGAACUGUGUUUUUUGUUACUAAGUUAAAUUAACUGCACUCAUUAGAGGAGAAACAGUAGUCAUUGGUAGUAUCUUUAGUCCUGUGUCGGACCUGGAGGGGUGUGUCUUUGUAUGGCCGGGGCAUUCAUGUUGUUGUCACUGAUUCUCUAGCACCCUCUUGCGGUGGAAACUAGAAGCUGCAUCUUCUGGCUGACCUCGAGCUGAGAGGACCAGAAAAAUCGGAGAAAUGUAAACAGACUACUGCAUCUCCUGUUGCUAAACCUUGACAUAUACUGUUGACAUGUUUGUCCCACUUCCUGCAUGUGUUUGUGAAGAGUGGGAGCCGCUCUUUCUCUCUGUUUACACUGUCACCGGAGUGUCACCAACGGGGAGAAGAUGAUGGUACUCAUGAUACUGUACAUCUGUAAAGAGCAGACUUGAUUGGUGAUCACACUCUACAAGAAAAGAUGAAAAAAGGGAAAACAGCUGUGACAUUACAAGACAGCCUGGAUGUAAAUAAAGAAGCGCUUGCCAAAGUUUGUAAAUGCCAUGAUAUCUAAGGUGUCUUUCUUUCACCUUUUUGUGGAUUUCAAUUUAGAGGUAAUUGUCCCUGAAGGUCACAUUAAGAUGUUUAUAAAAUAGACUGAAAAAAAAAUUGAUGCCUUUUCAAUUGAUACCUAACUUCGUCAACAGUACAUAAAGGGUGCUAGCCACAGACCUAGUCAUCAAAUAUCUUUUUAGCUUUGCCUGAUUUCUUUAGCAAAGAGACUAAACACAACUCACCUACUCUCUUCUAGCAGCCGCUUGUUUGUAGCGAGACCUCGGGCCAGUCCAUUACGGACAGCUGCGGGGUGACGCAGCUCAAGGAAGAACAUUUAUGAGGUAGAUUUUUCUUGUAACACUGGAAAAAGUUUGAGGAACUUACUGCUGUUAACUUUGAAUGGGCAGAUCUUUAGUAACUCUUUAUUUGGCAUUUCUGGUAGUCAGGUGUUUCUCCCUUGUCAUCAUGUGCUGUUGCACUAAUGUGUGUUUUUGUGUUUGAACCAAAGGAGACCAUACACUCAAA